AGAGUGUCGAUUAUGGGCCGGUGUUUAUACAAGAGCCUGACAAUGUAAUUUUCCCCAUGGAUUCAGAUGAGAAGAAAGUAUCCCUCACCUGUCAAGCACGAGGGAACCCAGCGCCAACCUACAGGUAAAAAGCAAAAUGCUUGCCAGAUUCAUUCUCCCUGGGUUGGUUACUUAUUUGAUCCAGAAGUAUUUCUGAAAUAUAUAUGUGGCUUUGUGCCCUUGUUAUGUACUCUUAAACUGUUUUUUUAUAAAAAAAAAAUUAAAAAGCAGGUAAUUUUGACCAUCGAUUUUCUCCGUCGUGUCUAAUUGUUUCACAAAAAGGUUAUAUUAAUUACACAGGUAUGUAAUGUGAUCCAGAGGCCUAACUGGCCUCAGCAAGAAACUGGGCAUUUAAUGUCACUGUUCCCCAUGCUGUGGAACACUCUUCCAGCAGAGAUCCGGAAGACAUCCUUUCUGUUGACCUUCAGGAGCCUCUUGAAUACUUUUUAAAGCUGGUGAUUUAUACUGAUUUUAAUGGUGUUUUCUGCUUUAUUGUUGCAUGCCACCAUGAUAUUUUAUGAUAUUGGCAGUGCAGAAAUCCUUUUAUCCAUAUAAUAAAUAAAUAGCCUUCUUCAGGUUUUCAGAUAACAUGCUAAGUUAGCAGAUGAGAGGGGGCAGCACUCUAGUUCCAAACACCCCCCCCCCUUUGCCAUUUCCAUCACCUUCCAUUUCAUGGAGGUUGACUAUCUGAAGUGAGGAGCUUCCUGGAAUCAGAAUCACCAGAACCACAGAGUUGGAAGUAACCCAAGGGUCAUCUAGUCCAACCCCCUUGCAAAGCAGGAACCUCUUGCCCAACGUGGGACUCGAUACCAAUGACCCUGAGAUGCAGAGUCUUCAUGCUCUAUCAAUGGAGCUACCAGAAUAUUAGGAUUCUCUGUCUCUUUUGGUCCAUAUUGAUUAGUUUUCAAAUUAGGAUAGAACCAUGAAGAUAGGUGAACAAAAGCAAAGAUUUCAUUUUUAGAGUUCUAAAAUGCACAGGGAACAUCCAUGUGUACAUCACGCUUCAGAAGGUCACUGUGAGUUGGAAGGCAGCCAGAUUGGUAACAGGGGAUGGUGAUUUCCCCCCUUGAAUGUUAGCACACUUUCAGAUAGCAACACCUGAAAAGCGUUGUUCUUACAAUUACACUGUGUUUACAUUUUCUACGUUGCCUUGAAAUGGACCCCUCUCAGACCACUUUCUCUGCUUUCCUCCCAAGAUGGCUCCGGAAUGGAACGGAGAUAGACACCGAAAGUGAUUACCGGUACAGCGUGAUAGAAGGGAGCAUUAUCAUCAAUAACCCCAGCGAAACAAAAGAUUCUGGGCAGUAUCAGUGCUUUACCACCAACAUGUUUGGCAGCAUAUUGAGCAGAGAAGCUACACUUCAGUUUGCAUGUGAGUAGCCAUACACUAUUCAUCUCUUUACCAUAUUUUUUUAUCAUCCAGAUUCGAAUAAUGAUAUUAUACCACUUCCUGAAUAAUGAAGGAUUUGCACUGGGAAGUGUUGGAAGGAUUGUAGCAUCUGGUCUGCCUGCCGUCAGCCAUAUCUUGCAUCUCCUAAGUAAUUGGCUUCCCAUGGUCUCAGACAGGGCCCAGUUUACAAUUUAGCUGCAUUAUGUAGGAUGCUGCAAACAGCUUUCAUAUAAUGACUACCCCAUACAGCCACCCAAACAAGUACUGUGGUUUGUUACAGGUUUCUUAUACUUGGUGGUUUUCCAUAGUUCUGUUGCUAUUGGUGAAGAAACGCUUCAUGUAUCAAAGAAGAACUAUAUAAUGAAAUACCACUUCAUGUUAUGGCAGUGGCAUGGAGAAGCCUGUAUCAAGGCCAGAAAGGCCAUACCUCAGUGGUAGAGCAUCUGCUUUGCUGGCAGAAAGUCGCAGAUUCAGUCUUCAGUAUCCCCAGGUAGGACCAGAAGAGACCAUGGUCUGAAAUCCUGGAGAGUCAUUGCCAGCCAACGUAGUCAAUACUGAGCUAUAUUGACUAAUGGUCUUACUCAGUAUAACACAGCUUCUUAUGUUCAUAUCAGACGUAAGACCUGCUGAAAUAUUGGGGUUCUGAAAUGCCCAGGGAGCUUCCACAAGCAAAGGAAACCACCCACUUCAGAAGGUCACCCUCCAUGGGUUGGAAGGCAACUAGACUGGCAAGAACAAGUGGUUUCCAUGCUGCUCCCUUGAGAUAAUUUUCACAGCCUGAAAGUAUAACUUUUUCCUUUCUUCACUCCCCCCACCAACCAAGGGCAUAGAGACAUUCUGGAAAUCAUCCCUCUUGAGGUUCUGAGUGGAACAAGCAGGUUCAGUUAGAAUUUACACCUUUGGGACUUAGGUGGUCAAAUAAUGAGCACAGUUUCCCAGUGUCUUACUGUCCACUGUUAGUUCCCCAUGCCUGGGAGUGGAACAAUGCAAAGCUGCCAUAUGGUAACUUAGCAGGGAUCUACUAUCCCAGUGAAGGCCCAGGAGAGUCCUCACAGAUAGCUCCUCCUCUUUGCUGUUCAUCUGCUCAGUCCCAAUGCACACCUGGUUCUUUUCCGGCGGCUUCUCCAUUUCCCCAACGAGGCAAUGGUUAAGAGGUGAAGUCCUCUGCUGGUUCUGAACUGCUUGCUGGGCCUGAAACCACCUUCACUCUUGUGGGGCAGUAGGUGAAAGCAGGGAACAUGGAGUCAAAGCAGGGGUCCAGGCGGGACAAACAAAAUUAUUUGGGCUGGAUAACUCAGCUGCUUGAUUGUCUCCCUCCUCUGAUGGCACCACGAAGCAGGGAGGAAACAAGAAAGUUCUUGCUUAUGACGUUAUUCAGCUGACACGGUGAAAGACAAGGAAUCCAGUCAUUCCUCAAUGAUGGCGUUGCUCUCACUGAGCUCCUCCCCCUUCCUUUCUAGCAACAACACCUGCCUCUACGGCGUUCGUCCAUGGACAAUUGUCUCUGUGCCCUUGGUUCUUGCACCCUUAACGAACUCCUUGUUUUGGGAGAAGGGGGGUCAGUUAUGCUGCUCAGUAACAUGUCAGCUAGCUGCUCUGCCUCCCUUCCUCCUUCUAACACCUCCUAACUCUGCUGCCUUCUUCUUCUCUGGAAGCUACAGGAGAAGGGGGUGUGAUCCUCACCACUCCUCUUCCUCUUCAGUCCAGUCCCUGACACAGAGUUACGGUGUUGGAGGUCCAUACAGAAUCCCACUUCUAUUUCUUGGUUCAGGUCUCCACUCCCUGAAUUAUGCUCUGGGUAGAUUCUGACACUCAGACAAUGGCCUUGUGCUUUCUUCCUCUCUUGACCAGUCAUGUUGCGAUUCAUAUAUCCCAACAUUUGCCAUCUUCCUCUUGAAACAGAAGGCAUGGGGAGGAACUUUUUUUCAGAGCUCUGCAGUCCUCGAAAAUAACAAAUACUCUCACAAGAUACGGUAAUUUGUAAUGAUGUGUAGCGAUCCCCUCUGUAAAAUUGUCACUGUGCCAUAUGAGCUUAUUGCCCUGCUGAUAAGGUCUUUGAAUUGAUAAUGUGACAUCUCUGGCUUCCCUCACAUCCUGCUGAGUUUAGAACUUGAAAACUGCUAGCAAUUUAUCAAAAGUUUAGAGUCUCACAACUGUGCAUCAAACAUGAACUGAAUGGGGAGGGAGGCAGGAUCCCAGGUUUUCCCAUGCUGUUCCUACCUUCAAAGUCUCUAUGUAGUAACUCUACUAAAUUGACAGAGUGUGUCUAAAUAUAGAGCACAGCGCUUUCCAAAGCAUUUAGAUGAUUAAGGCUGCAAGUCUAUAUACUGUACACCUUUACCUGAGACCAUGCUGCAUUGGGAAAGAACCUUAGUUCAGGGGUAGAACAGCUGCUUUGCAUGCAGAAAGGUUCCAAGUUCAGCACCUGGAAUCUCCAGGAAUACCUGGAAAAUGCUCCUGUCUAAAACCCUGGAGAAUUAGAGGGACCAAUAGUCUGACUUGGUUCAAGGCAGCUUCCUUUGAACUCAGUGGCGAUAUCCAACUCUUGCACUAAUGCAAGGAUUAGCACAGCUGCAAUGGGAUUUUCUCCCCUGCUUCACCCUAUGUGUGCUCUUUACUGUCCUCAAGAUCUGCUUUGGAGCAUUGGGAGGAAAGCCUGAAACAGAUUUAGGAGGUACACAGGGGAAUUUUCCAUUGCACAAGGAUAACUUCUUGCACUUACAGAACAUUAAUCUUUGAUUAUGUGGCAUAUAACCCAUUGCGUUUAACUCUUAAUAGGCAUAUGCAGGAUUGCAUUGUUAGAAUCUGCACAUUCAUCUAGGCUGCCCCAUCCUCCUCCAUAGGAGCAUAAGGGUUGGGAUGAUUUUAUUCAGGACUCUGCAGGGAAGUGCAGUUAGACAGGCAUGGUGCUCUGAAUCUGUCCCACAAGCAAAAGUCUAUUGUGUCUGCAGAACAGGAAUGUUGGAUAAUAGCAAUAUUUCUAAAAACGCCCCACCUUGGAUUUAGGGGAUCAGAAUUGCUUUGCCAUCAUUACAGAUCAGCACUGGUGUUCAGGGAAGGACGAGCCACAGUUCCAGUGCUAGAGCAUCUGCUUUGCAUGCAAAAGUUCCCAGGUUCGAUCCCAGGCCCCUCCAGGUAGGGCUGGGAGAGGCUCUCAUUUGAAACCCUGUAGAGUUGCUGCAAUAUCAGUAUUGUAGACAAUAUCAAGUUAGAUGGACCACUGGCAUUUUCCUAUGUUCCUGUGAACCAGCUGGCUUUUCUAGAAUUUGCAAAGACUGCUACAAUAGCAGCAGAUGUGUCUGGUUUGAGUGUUGCUUUUCAAGACUCCUUUGUCAUUCUCAGAAAGCUGCAUCAAAAUCUGAGGAUAAUCUGCAUUGUGAAAGUAAGGUAAAGGUAAAUGGACCCCUGACCAUUAGGUCCAGUCGUGGCCGACUCUGGGGUUGUGGUGCUCAUCUUGCUUUACUGGCCGAGGGAGCCGGCGUACAGCAUGACUAAGCCACUUCUGACAAACCAGGGAAACGCACGAAAACACCGUUUACCUUCCCACCGGAGUGGUACCUAUUUAUCUACUUGCACUCUGACGUGCUUUCAAACUGCUAGGUUGGCAGGAGCGGGGACCGAGCAACGGGAGCUCACCCUGUCGCAGGGAUUUGAACCGCUGACCUUCUGAUUGGCAAGUCCUAGGCUCUGUGGUUUAACCUCCAGCACUGCCCACGUCCCAUUGUGAAAGUACUCCCCCCCCAAAAAAAUUUCUUACUGUAUGCAUUUGUUUGCUAGGAGUUGCGCCUCUGCUUACUUGCUAACCCACUGCCUCCCCACCCAUUAACCCCAUAGAUCUUCCCCUUCCCACCCAGUGGAAUGACUAAGCCUGCUUCUCACAACUGGGUCCUGGUGCACAAUGCCCUUUUGAGCUGGAAAAAAAAAUCCAGAUCAUUUUGCUGUAACUGGUUGGUGGGUUGAAUCAAUUCUGGUUCUCCCAUCACACUGGCAUUUUAAGUGAACAUAUGCUGCUGUGCUGCAUACAUUCCUGCCUUUUGCACAAGAAGAGCUCUUUCACAUUGCCUACAUGGGUAUUACUGCUUUGCAUGUGUGUGUUUUUCAGCCAGUCAAUCUCUGUGCCCAGUUUGAUCACAGAACAGGCUGAAAUAAGAUGCAUUCGUCCCACCGGUCGCCUUUUCACACCAGCAUUUGAUCAGCUUAUAUAUGUUGGGAUAUGAACUUAUUAAAAAACCUGUAAACCUAUGCAGCUUUCCUUGGCGAUACAUUCCAUUAAAUUUGCUCUUAUUUCUGAAUCUAGAUGCACAAUAUCUGGCUCAGGUUUGGUAUGAACAUUUCCUCGCAAAGGGCCGUGAAGGCAAAGUGUAAGCUUGUUGGCCCGGUUUCAGGUCCAGUUUAGGUCUGCUGCUACUACUAGGUGCAUUGCUCCAGCUCCUGCUCCCGCUGAUAUUGUGGACUUUUAGAUUGUAUUUACUUCACUUUCAGCCAGCCGUGUAUUAAAACACUUGCCAGGUAACCCUAGGCAACAAGGAAUUGCAUGAAGGAGAGUGAGUAGAAUGAUGGCGGAGGGACAGGUGGGCCCUUUCCUUACUCUGCACCCGGCAUGGAAACCAAGUGGAUUCCCACAGAAGGAGAGUAUGCCCUUCCUCCUCACCCAGCAACGAAAGCCAGCUUCCUCGUUCUCCUCUGCCAGCACUGAAGAGGCUGGUAACGUUUGUGGGUUUAUUUUACAAGGUUGCUUAACCACAUACUUAGCACUUUCACAGAAAGCAACAGGACACAGUAGGUGUUAGUUGUCCUUUGUCUGCAAACCCCGCAUUGUGCUAUAACCCUAAGGCAUGUUUGAGCAUCACCAUAUAAAGUUUCCUGGGUUGUUGUUUUUCCUGGCAGGCUUUGUGUAAUAAAAAAAAUUGCUCGUGAAAAUUUGCCAGUGUUUUAGUGCGAAAUUCUCUUUAUCCACGCAAUAUUUUGCAAAACUUUCCCCCCGGAUAUAUUGCAUUUUUUGUUUGUUGUUUUCACAAACACAUGAAAUUUUAUGCACACUUCACCCUCCUAUAUGCCGUUUUGUAAACAUUACUUGGCAGGAGAACUUCACUGCAAAAUUCAGGGGAAUGUGAAUUUUGCAGGAUGGCUUUGUUUUAGUCUGCAUAUUGUUUUGGGAAGUACAAACUAAAGAACACUUGUUAUCUGAUAGGAAUGAAUUGCAGGGAUUGGGUAUGCAGAACUAAUUUACACUGGUGUAAAUUAAGCCAGAAUAAAGUUACACCAUAUCUAGUGCCUGCUCAGCAGCAUGGCUGCUGCUGUUCUGCCUAACACUGGCAGAGUGGAGGGAAAACCCUUCUAAACAGUGUUGUAUAAUGGGUUCACAGGUCAUGGGACCAUGCUGAACAGGCUUAGGAUCCAGCCUAGGCCAUCCCUCUCUGGCUCUUUCCCCAUCUUUGGGGUGACUUUCACUGGCCUCAUGGGAUGCAGGUGGCACUGUGGGUUAAACCACAGAGCCUAGGGCUUGCCAGUCAGAAGGUCGGUGGUUUGAAUCCCUGUGAUGGGGUGAGCUCCCGUUGCUCAGUCCCUGCUUCUGCCAGCCUAGCAGUUUGAAAGCACCUCAAAGUGCAAGUAAAUAAAUAGGUACCACUCCGACGGGAAGGUAAACGGCGUUUCCGUGCGCUGCUCUGGUUCUCCAGAAGCGGCUUAGUCAUGCUAGCCACAUGACCCGGAAGCUGUACGCCGGCUCCCUCGGCCAAUAAAGUGAGAUGAGUGCCACAACCCCAGAGUCGUCCGCGACUGGACCUAAUGGUCAGGGGUCCCUUUAGCUUUACCUUUUACACCGGCCUCAGCUCAGCCAGCUUCAAGUUCAGCUGGCUGAGCCCCAGCUGAGCUGGGAUGAGCAGGUUGUGUCUGUGUAUCUUCAGCUGAGCUUGGAGUUAGGGGCUUUAUGAGCUGGAAAUCAGCCAGCAGAGCCACCGAUCUAAUGCAUCCUAAGAUGCUCACCCCAGUGGAUCUUGCCACAGGACUGACAUGAGUGCAUGCACGUAUCCUGCCCUCUUGUAUGGUGAAUGCAGAGGGCUGCUCCCCUGCUACACGUAAAGGAUUUCUGGCCAGCAAUUGUGUGCACUGCUGCCAUAAUUCUUUGGGUAACGAUAGGUCUUAAAGCUGUUUUCUGCCAGUGAUUAAAGCACAAACUAAAGUUUGACAAACAGCUGGUGGUUAUAAAGUAGUGUGUUUUCCUCUGAACAUCCCUUGAGAGAAAGCUUGCUUAGUAAUAAUAAUAAUAGCUUGCAAAGCUUUUAUGAUUUAUCUUUAUGUACUAAGCUUGUGUUGGUGGCCAAGGAUUUGUCGCAUUAAUCCAAUUCCUUUUACUUCUGCCAGUGUAGGCGAAUAGGAAACACCCUCACAAACUUGCAUGAGAUAAUCCAAAAAUAAAACCACACCAGUAAGUUGCAGCACCAUCUGCAACUAGGGAUGGAAAGACCUGCCAAUUUCAGUUUUCUCAGUUUCUCGUUUUCCCAGUCUUACACUCACCUCCCCACAUAAUUUGCAAUUUAAAAAGAGAGCGAGAUCCUCAUGAAAAUUCAACAGCAUUUUAGAGCCAAUUUCUCCUAAUAAACACAUUUUUUUACUACUGUACACAUUUUUUGCAUGGCAUUUUACCUAAUAGAAAGCAUUUUUGUAUGUUAUCUUUCAUGAAUACAUUGAUUUUUAUGCACGUUUUCCCUACUGUAUGUGUUUUUGUAAACACUGGUUUGUUGGAAAACUGCAUUGCAAAAUUUGGAGAAGCAGGAUGGCUGUGUUUCAGUUCAUGUGAUCUGACUGGACAGAAUCUCUCUCCAUCCUAGAGGAACAUUAAAAGACCUCAAGCCCUUGCAGUCAUAUUGUCAUGGUGUUUAUUGCUUUGCCAUCAAAAUUCAACAACAAAUCAAUACGUAAAGCGAUGCCAGACUCCACAUAAGGUAGACAGUAAUCCAUGAAAAAUUAUGCCAUAAUAAAUUUGUCAGUCUUUAAAUUGCCACAAGGCUCUGUGGUCAUCCUCAGUGCGUGUGUCUUGCCUGCAUUAAACAUAUUGAGAUGCCACAAACAAAUCAAGACAUAUAUAUAUAUACACCUUCUUGAUAGCAAAUACCUGUCUUUGUGAAGCCUCUCUCAGCUCCUGUGCUACAUAGGGCUCUCAUGCAUAUCCAUGGCUUUCUGUUCCCAAAGUUCUUCUGCAGGAAAGCAUCCUGAACAACUAACAGUUGUCUGCCCAUAAAAAAACCCCCAAGGCAACUUGAUGAGAUGGUGUUGAGCAUUCAAGUCAACGACUGAAGACCCAGCCUUUUCACUGAUGCGGCAAAAUUAUCUUAAGCCAGAGAGGUCACUGCAAAAUGCUUUUUAAAAGGGAGCAGUAUGCAAUUAGAGCAGCUGCAUAUGCAUUGCUCAACAAAUGUAUGCAUUGACAAUGCACAAUUUUCAGGAAUGGUGAAAUUUGUAUUGAUGAGAAAAUUGCACAACCAUUUAUUCUCUUGAGUGUCCUAACAAACCUAGUCAGGAAAGGUGGAAAUAGAUGGGAACUGCAUAUUUCACGGAGGAGCGCACAGUACUUGAUUUGCAGUUGUGAAAGCUGCAACCCAAUAUACAAUAGAUUCAGGUAGGUAGCCGUGUUGGUCUGAUGCAGUCGAAAUAUAUAUAUAAAAAAUUUUAAAUGUCCAGUAGCACCUUAGAGACCAACUAAGUUUGUUCUUGAUAUAAGCUUAUUCCAAGAACAAACUUAGUUGGUCUCUAAGGUGCUACUGGACAAUUAUUAUAAUAUAUAUAUAUAUAUAUCUAUAUAUAUAUAUAUAUCUCCAAUAUACAGUAAUGCAUACUUCAAAAUCUACUGCAAACAAGCAUGUCGGUCUGUGAACUGGAUUGUAAGGACUCUGACUCAACUUACUCUGUUGACACCCCUUACACAUAUACUUGAUGCGUUCCCAAAUUCAGGGGCAGCCAAUGUAGCACCGUCAGAUACUUUGCACUGCAACUCCCAUCAUCCCUGGCCAUUGUCCACACCGUUUGGGCCUGAUGUGAGUCGUAGUUCAAAACCUCUGGAAGGUACUGUGUUGGCUAUCCGCACCAUAAUGCAAUAAAGUGUGUUUUAUUUGUUCACAGAUAAUUUUUACCCGUUUGAGGUCUUGACAAGACUGUAUUAUUUACAUUCGCUUCUCCAAAUCUAUCUCGUAAAUUUUCAGUUCAACUUUCUUCUUCCAAUUUUACCUGGCUGAUUGUUACUGCCUCUUCUUUUUAUCUUCUGCGGCAUUUCUUGCUCCUUAAAUCUAUUUUCCCAUUUAGGAUACAGAAGGAGAACGGUCGAUUAGCUAUAACUCAUAUCUCCCUUUUCCAAUGGUUGCAGCAUAAAAACUGUCCGCUGACAGACAGGAUAAGAAGUCCACAAUGACAUGGACAAAUAAAUCAAUAGGGUAUUGGGAGACAGCCUGCAUGCUAUGUGUUCCAUCAUGAAGCACCCCUGACAGCUCGCUGGAGAACUUGCCACCCACCUGCAAACUGACUUUAAUGAGCUCCAUUGUCUUUGGAGGCCCAUGAUGGCUGCUCAAAGCACUGGACCUAACCCAGCUCCAUUUGCAUGCCUUGUGACUGUUGUUCCCAAAUGGGGGUGCCCAUUUCCAGCAACAGAUACAUCCAUACAUCCAUCACAGGGGCCAAGAAGAGCAUGUAGUGGGGUUUUUUAUCCAGUGUAUGCAUGCAAGACAUCUUACUGGAUAUGGGCACCUGUCCAGUUAGAGCAAAUGAAGCAAGCAUGUUAAUUUACCCCUCCACCCCCCCCAAAAAAACCCCUUCUCCUUGUCACAAAGGUUCCUAAGAGCAGAAGCAAUAAGGCAGUGGGGCCUACAAGGCCUACACGAUCAUUCAAGCCCACUAGCUGUAACGGUUAGCAGUAAACGGCCACGUCACUCUGACUCGUGACUCAGCUUGGGUUCCCUAUACAGUGGUACCUCGGGUUACAGACACUUCAGGUUACAGACUCCACUAACCCGGAAAUAGUACCUCGGGUUAAGAACUUUGCUUCAGGAUGAGAACAGAAAUUGUGUGGUGGCAGCACAGCAGCAGUGGGAGGCCCCAUUACCUAAAGUGGUAUCUCAGGUUAAGAACAGUUUCAGGUUAAGAAUGGACCUCCAGAACUCAUUAAGUUCUUAACCCGAGGUACCACUGUAAAAGUAACCAGCCAUCUCUCUGGGCCUCAGUCUGUCUUCAGAGUCUGAGUUAGUCUCGGCUCAGUAUGUGAUUGUGUUGUUGCAGACAGAGCGGCUCCAGGACUCCAGUUAAUCAGUAACUAAGAUCUGUGCCUCUGUGAAGGCUAAGAUAGCUGCUGUGAGCACUCUGUGUAUGCUCUUUAACUACAAUGGUACCUUGGUUUGCAACCGUUUUGGAUUACAACCACAUCAAACCCAGAAGUAUGUGUUCCUCUUUUUGGAUUACAACCAAUUUUGUUUUUGGAGGCCCCAUUGGUGAAAGCGCGCCUUGGGUUACAACCUGUUUUGGUUUACAACCAGACCUCUGGAACAGAUUGUGGUUGUAAACCAAGGUAUCACUGUAUGCUUAUGAACAAGUUUAUUUUCUCAAGUACAGUGGUAACUCUGGAUGCAAACGGGAUUCGUUCCGGAGCCCCGUUCGCAUCCUGAAGCGAACGCAACCCACAUCUGCGCAUGCGCGGAUCACGAUUUGCCGCUUCCACGCAUGCGCGUGACAUCACCUGUGCAGGCGCAUCUGUGCAGGCACAAGCGGCGAAACCCGGAAGUAACGCGCUUCAUUACUUCCGGGUCGCCGCGGAGCACAACCCGAAAACGCUCAACCUGAAGCAUAUUCAACCCGAGGUAUGACUGUAAACUUUUAUUCUGUUUAUGAAGAAGACUCUGCUUGAUUAAUUUGGCUGACUGACCGAACCCAAAGAGUGCUCAUCAAUGGUUCCUCUUCAUCCUGGAGAAGAGUGACUAGUGGGGUGCCACAGGGUUCUGUCUUGGGCCCGGUCUUAUUCAACAUCUUUAUCAACGACUUGGAUGAUGGACUCAAGGGCAUCCUGAUCAAAUUUGCAGAUGACACCAAACUGGGAGGGGUGGCUAACACCCCGGAGGACAGGAUCACACUUCAAAACGACCUUGACAGAUUAGAGAACUGGGCCAAGACAAACAAGAUGAAUUUUAACAGGGAGAAAUGUAAAGUAUUGCACUUGGGCAAAAAAAAUGAGAGGCACAAAUACAAGAUGGGGGACACCUGGCUUGAGAGCAGUACAUGUGAAAAGGAUCUAGGAGUCUUGGUUGACCACAAACUUGACAUGAGCCAACAGUGUGACGCGGCAGGUAAAAAGCCAAUGCAAUUCUGGGCUGCAUCAAUAGGAGUAUAGCAUCUAGAUCAAGGGAAGUAAUAGUGCCACUGUAUUCUGCUCUGGUCAGAUCUCACCUGGAGUACUGUGUCCAGUUCUGGGCACCACAGUUCAAGAAGGACACUGACAAACUGGAACGUGUCCAGAGGAGGGCAACCAAAAUGAUCAAAGGCCUGGAAACGAUGCCUUAUGAGGAACGGCUAAGGGAGCUGGGCAUGUUUAGCCUGGAGAAGAGGAGGUUAAGGGGUGAUAUGAUAGCCAUGUUCAAAUAUAUAAAAGGAUGUCACAUAGAGGAGGGAGAAAGGUUGUUUUCUGCUGCUGCAGAGAAGCGGACACGGAGCAAUGGAUCCAAACUACAAGAAAGAAGAUUCCACCUAAACAUUAGGAAGAACUUCCUGACAGUAAGAGCUGUUCGACAGUGGAAUUUGCUGCCAAGGAGUGUGGUGGAGUCUCCUUCUUUGGAUGGCCCUUGUGGUCUCUCCCAACUCUAUGAUUCUAUGAUUCUAUGAAUUUAACGCUGCGUGACACUCCCCCCCCCAUGCAUCCGUAUCAGGUAUGGCAGGGAAAUGGAGGAACAGUUGAUCCCAUCCAUGGAUUCUGGGUGUUCAGGGUAGUUAAAACAAAAGCGAAUUACAAGGAGCUUCAAAGGAAUAUCUACAUACUAGGCGAAUGGGCAUUAAAAUGGCAGAAGACAUCACAUUCGAGGCUGUUGUAUACAUUUCUUUUUCUUUUCUUAAAAAAUCAAAUUAAUAUAGAUGCCCAGUCAAGGACAAGAAAAGUGUAGGUACUACAAUACGAUCCACCCACUAUUCUUUUCCUUGAGAAUGCUGGCCACAAAUAGAUCAUCAGGUGGUCAUCAUGCUUGAGAAUUAGUUACUUUUAGAAGUGUGGCGAGGAAUACCAAAGAUAAUACAGUAGAUCCUUGGGUUACGUUACUCUCAAGUAACGUAAACUUUGGGUUGUGAAAGCGGCAAACCCGGAAGAAUUUUUCCAGGUUUCGUCGCUCGCGCAUGCGCAUGCGCAGAAGCUGAGCCUCUGGAUAUGGAUUUUUCGGGGUACGCAUGGACCCCCAGAAUGAAUUAAAUUUGUAUCUAGAGGGUCCACUGUGUGUAUAUAUAUUUAUAAACAAUAUUUUAGGAAGAAGACUUACUAAAGUGCCGCGGAAGAUGGUAAACAAUUAAAGCUUAAUUUCUUUGACAGCCUAAAUUAACAGAGCACCUCCUGCAAUUUCUUUUAUUCCCUUGCUUUUUAAUUGCUAAUUUAUAAAUAAAAGCAUUUUAACAGGGUUCUCUGCUUUUAGAACAAAUUAGUGAAAUUUGGUGCCUGGAUAAACGUAGUAAAAGAUUAGAGACUGCAGGAUUGCCACUGUAAAUUACCAUUAUUAAGAUGUCUCUGCCCAUCCAUCACUCACAACACAGAUGGCCUUCUUUAUUAUUUGUAUGAACACAAACACAUAAACACAUCAGCACUGCAUAAACUGGCAUUUGGAAGGAAACUCUGUAGUCUUCUGGUUGUAAGGUGAAGUACAUGUCAGUUUCAUGGAGGUCGUUAAAAUUAGCUUCAUUAAUUGCCAACUCUAAAAAAAUGUGCUUCGUCAAGCCUGGGAGGACCACUGUGAGUAAGACAAGCAGUGACCAGUUGCCACUAGAUUAGUGAGCUGGAAGAGGCAAAGCAAAGCAAGCAGACAGACUCUGCAAAACAUGGGAUUUGACAUUUGCAAUGCUAGGAACUGGAAUGCUUGCUUGCCUUACAUAAGAAGAUACGGUAACCAGAGCCUUGUUGGGUUAAGCCAAAGGUCCAUCAGUCUGUUCUCACAAGGGCCAAUCAGAUGCCAACUGGUUGCUUAUCCUUGAGGGACACUGCCAAAUGCAACGCCAUGGGACAAUUUCCAGGCUGAUCCUGCCAAACUGGAUGAGAGAGAAAGAUUGGGAGGUGGGGGGCAAGAGUGUGAGAGCUCAGAGAUUAUGAUUCAGCAGAACAUAGCUGUUGGCAGCCUCCUAUUGAUAAGCUCAAAUUUGAAUAACCCGACUGGCUUGCUGCUAGCUAAUCCAGAAUGGGGGUAUUGAACUUUUUGUUGCUAAUAUGAAACUCUAAGGCCAUGCAGUUCAUUAGGACAUUAAAAAAAUUCUGCUGGAUCCAAAGAACCAUCUAGUCCAGCAUCCUGUUCUCACAGUGGUCAACCAGAUUAUUAUUAUUAUUAUUAUUAUUAUUAUUAUUAUUAUUAUUACUACUACUACUACUACCCUGUCCAUCUGGCUGGGCUUCCCCAGCAACUCUGUGAGGCUUCCAACAAAAUAUUAAAAUACAGUAAUGCAUCAAACAUUAAAAGCUUCCCUAAACAGGGCUGCCUUCAGAUGUCUUCUGAAAGUCUGGUAGUUGUUGUUCUCUUUGACAUCUGGUGGGAGGGCAUUCCACAGGGCGGGUGCCACUACCAAGAAGGCCCUCUGCCUGGUUCCCACAAUGCGACAAAGGGGAACCCACAAGCAGAACCUGAGCACAACAGCACUUUCCCCAGGCUUGAAGUUUUGAGAACAAUUCCAUGAUCCUUGAUACUUUGUUAUAGGGACCAGUGGUAUGGUAUAAUGUAAAGGGAUCUCCUUAUUACAGUUCCUUAAAGAAUUGAGUCUACAUUAACUACAUUAACUUAACCGAACAACAACACCCCCCUCACACACACACAAACAAAUCCCACUGCGGCCAACCAAAGGCAGUCAACCUCACCCUAGGCAAGGAAACAUAACAAGCGAAUAGAAAGAGAACCUACCCAAGUGAAGCUGACACAGACCUCCCAUGCAUACACUAAGUAAAACAACCAACCCACCCCCCUUCUCUUCUUCCCAACCCCAUACUGCAUAUAACACCAACGUCUCACAUCCAGGAAAUUCCGGAUGUAUGGCAAGCCUACUCAACUGGUCUAUGUACAAAAUGUGAUCUUAAAAUGUGCUUCUGUUGAGCUUAGAGUUGCAUAUGCAGUGCAGCUGUUAACAUAUGUGUGGUUUAGAGAGGUGAUACACACACACACACACACACACACACACACACAGUGGUACCUCGGGUUAAGUACUUAAUUCGUUCCGGAGGUCCGUUCUUAACCUGAAGCACCACUUUAGCUAAUGGGGCCUCCUGCUGCUGCUGCGCCACCGGAGCCCGAUUUCUGUUCUUAACCUGCAGCACUAUUUCUGGGUUAGCGGAGUGUGUAACCCGAAUCGUAUGUAACCUGAAGCGUAUGUAACCCGAGGUACCACUGGAUAGAUAGAUAGAUGAUAGAUGAUAGAUAGAUAGAUAGAUAGAUAUAGAUAUAGAUAUAGAUAUAGAUAUAGAUAUAGAUAUAGAUAUCUCCUACUUUUCCUCCAAAGAGUACAGGGCAGGGUAUAUGAUCUCUAUGCUAUUGAAGGAGUGCCUUUAAAGCUUGCUGAGAAUCUUCUCACACACCCUUGACAAGCAAUAUCAUCAGAAAUGGCUUAGAAUCACAGUAAAAAUGAAAUAAUAGUUCAUUGUGCUUCAACAUGAGUUUUGUCUCCUUGUGUCACUUCACUUUAUUUCAAGUCUUUGUAGACAUAUCUUCUCACUACUCAUUUAUUUACAGCCAAGAAAUGGAUUGUGGCACUUGCUAUUAAACUGCAUGCAGUGCGCAUCUUUGUGUGGCCUUCACAGAGGAAAAAAAAAAGUCAGCCAAAUAAAUAAAUGCAUGCAGGAAUUUCUGUUUCUACCAGUCAAGGUUUCUGGAUCAAUUGUGAGAAUUCAAAUGUGGUGAUUAUUAAUUUAGUACACAGUGCUCUGCAAAGUAAUGAACAUGCUCUAGAACACUCAAUUUCACUUAAUCAGGGACUGUAAUUUUUUUGUUUUUAGUAAUAAAAAAGCAGCUCACAUUAACCCUUAUCGUAAAUUGUUUUGCCAUUUUGAGUACCCUAUAUAAAUAUCCUUGUUUGCACUCUCCUUGUUAAUGAAAAUGGAAAGCCUUGGUGGCAAAUGAGCCAACUGUAAAAUAAAUAUAAAUUAAAAUGGAAAAGAUAAGUCUGUGGUUUAGCACAUGGGGGGGGGGGACAAUCUGAAAAUGAUGCGUUUGGUUUAGCUUGGUCCCUUGGUAUUAAUAGACCUAAAGAUGCCUUUCACGUUUUAGCAGAUAUUGCAACCAGAUGCUAAUUGUGAUUGAUAGCUCUUAAGCAGGAAAUAAUGGAAGGGCCCAAACAAUUUAAGAAAUUUUAAUAAACAGGAUGAGCAUUGUAGCCUAUCAAGUUGAUUAUAAAAUAUACAUACGGUAACAGGCUAGAUCUGGACUUCCUGAGGCUUGAAUUCCAUUCCCAGGAUGCUACUGCUGAAGGAAAAGAGGAGUGAUUUGUCAUUAUUAUUGUUCCAUUUCCUGAAAAGCUUCUCCCAAGGGUUUGGAGACUCUGUGAAACAACAUAGGAGGAGAUGGUCCUAGGGCCUGCAGGGAGAAGGGAAAUCUGUGAAAAUUGUCUUCCUUCUCCGGUGUCUUCCAUUUAUGGAACAGCUAAUCUGGAACCAAGCUAGAUCCAGUGUGCUUAAGUGCUCGUUGACAGGGACUUCCGGGUUGGCGCCAUCGGCAAUGGCGGAAUUCCUCUGACCGGGAGGAAUUUGCCCCGUGGGAAAUUGGGUCUGGCCGCCACGGCGAAGGCGGAGACCCAUAAAAAUCACAGGCGGGAGAAGCCUGUGAACGUGGGAUUCGGCGGGCACCUUCUGCGCCUCUCCUACUCGCGGGGAAACCCGUUUUCGGGGCUCCGGAGCGACGUGGGGUGAGUGGCGCGGUGCUUCGAAUCGUCUGCUUCUUCCACGGAGCGAAGCCGCACAGCUGUUGCCAGAGAGCGCUGACUUUUUCCUGUGGACAAUUUGACUUUAAAGUAAUUACCCGUGAGUAGAGCUGAAACGGGAGAAUUGGAUUUUUAAAAGUAUAAUUUGGUAUCGAAGCGGGGAGGUUCAAAACAGGAAGUCUGCCUCCCCCUUUUGUAAAUAGACUGAGGCAAUGAAGUUGCAAGCUGGAGUCCUGGAAAGUCUUUUGUAAAAGAUUAAAUUUCCAUCGGUAAAGAACAAAACCCCCCUUUGGAGGCAGGAGAAGAGGGGGGGAAGUUGUGGACUGAAUAUGCCUGCAGGAGAGAGCGAAGAGAUCUAAAACACCGCCGCUCUGAGCCUGGAAACGGGCUACUAGUAGGACUGACGUAUUUUGGAAUGUUCAUUGACAGCGUUUAGAACGUUCAUUGACAGCUAGUUAAACAAGAGGAAUACAUUGUUUCUACUGUUUCCGGCUGCUAUAAAAAGGAGUAAAAGUAACUGAAAAUUGAAACUAACUUGAAACUAAUUUUGGAUUGUUUAAAAGAGGAUACUAUUGACUAUUACAAAUAGAAACUGUUUCCCCCUAGUGGAAGCCUUUGAAACCGGUUGCUUCUACAAGAGUUGGGUUAGGGAAAUUUCCAGCUGCAAGUUAAAAACCGUGAGACUCUGGGACUGACCUUGAAUCUUUUAAGUGUUAUGGUUAAUGGAAGAGGAAAAACAGACUAGUCAACUGCUGACAAAACAUUAAGGUCUGGGAGGACUUGGCAACAAUCCAGGAGAGCUUCACCAUCAGGCCCCCCUGCUUUUUUUGUUGCUGCCUUUGUACCAGUAUAUUUAAAACCAAGAGAAAUGUUGACAGAAGAGGCUCUAGUGGCUGCAUUAUUUAAGAUAAAUGAUUCAUUGGAUCAGCUUCACAGGAAAAUGGACAUGAUAAAUGUGAAAGUGGAUGUUUCAAUCAUUAAAACUAACUUAAAUAUAGAAAGUAUAAAUAAUACUAAUAUAGAAACUACCCAGAAAUUGACACAGGAACCUAUUUCGAUACGGCAAACUGUGGAGGAGGCCAGGGAAAAGGCUGUUGUUGCUGAAUGUAAAGAAACACAACUGGAGAGAAAGAGCAAGAGAGCCCCAGCCCUACAGAAGCAACUUGAUGAAUAUAAGUUGAUGCUUGCUAUGACUGAACUUAAAGAAAAACAGACGAAUUUGAGGAUUAGAGUUCACCUUUGGUGGACAUGCCCAAGGAUUAAGACACUUUGGGAGAUGAUUCAUAAUGAAAUGAAAAGGUAUUUAAAUAUACCUUUUUGAAGAAACCAGAGGCCUUUCUCCUGGGCAUGGUCGGCCAAUUGGUGUUAAAGAAGGAUAGAACUCUUUUCAUGUAUGUAACAAUAGCAGCAAGAAUACUCAUUGUGAAGUACUGGAAGACACAAGAUUUAUCUAUCCGGGAAGAAUGGCAGAUGAAGUUGAUGGGCUAUAUGGAAUUGGCGGAAACGACUGGCAGAAAUCCGAGACCAGGGAGAAGAGUCGGUGGAAGAAGACUGGAAAAAGUUUAAGACUAUUUAUAGAAAUAUUGUAAAAAUAAUGAAUGUUUGAAAAAUGUAGGAAUGAAGUUAUAUUGCUUCAGUAGAAAUGUUAUAAGGAAUUAAGUAUAAAUAGACUAAUAGAGUAUUAAAGGGAAAAAUAAGAUUAGAAUAUGUUAAGAUAAUUAUAGGAUAGAAAACAGAGGAAGAUGGAAAGGAAUUGCUGAAACAAUUAAUAGAAGUGGAAUACAAAAAGGGAGGUGUGAGGAGGUCGUGGAAAUAAGGGAAUGAAAGUUAAGAUAUUGAAAUUGUUUUGUGUUUUAAAUGGUAUGCGUCUUAAUUUGUUAAUCUUAUGUUUUUUCUUUUUCUUUUUUCUUUUUUGUUUUAUUGUGUUUAAAUGGUUGGAAAAUCAAUAAAUAUUAUUUAAAAAUAAUAAUAAUAAGUGCUCAUUGACAGAUAUGGAAGCUGUUCUCUGAAGCUGAAUGUUUCAAAACCACUGCCAUCAUCUUCUACCCUGCAUAAAUUUCAAAGCUCUUUAAGCUAAGUGCUACUCAUCCCCUUUUGGAAGAAGCAGAGGCAGCUGUAGGGGAGUGUGGCUGGUUCAGUUGUGCCUCAGGGGCUCUGCAACAAUGCUGUAGAAUGGAAGGUGUGAGGCGGGGGUACCAAAUGUUGGUGGCACACAAUGCACCACUGAAAUUUGAGACCCCCCCCCCCAAGGUCUGCCACUGGGAAGGAGUGAUUUACAGAUCCACACUGAUGUCCUAGCAUGCACCGUUUGACCACUGAAUUAUAAAACCUUAAUUUGGAAACCUCCCAAAACAAACACAUCCCCACUGAUUAAUUGCAUUUCAGCCAGCACCCUAAAAAAAAGUCGCACGGUGUUCCGAAAUUUCUGGGAAACCUCAGGUUAAUGCUAUCCACAAUAUUCAGUUUCACUGACAAUGUAUUCAUUUAACCCAGGAAAAUAUCUAGUAUUUCCCAGAGUGAGGGCAAUGAACAGCCAUAUUUUUGGUUAUAUGUUUAUCUUUGAUAUAUUUACAUAUUUAACCCUUUUGCCAAGUGUCACUGGAACCAAGGAAGCGUUAAUACAUUAAAGCAUUUCUUUGUUUAUGAGGAUUUAAUACUACGAAGGCUAUUAUGUGGUGAAAGUAUGAAUGAAUAUGAAUGCACGAGAAUCGUCUGGGGCCUUUCUGUCAAUCAAGCAAUGCAUAAUAUUAAAGGAAUGGUGGUGCAAAUAGCAUUAGCUGGAAUUUAAAUGGGCAGACAGGUUUUCCUUGGAGAUCCGCUUCUUGGGGCUCAGAAAACACACCUGAUAACAAAAUUCCACCUAGAGGUUCUGCAAAUGCCCACCAAUAAAUAUCGAGGCCAUAAGGGAUCAUUAUGAUAUUGUUUCCUCUAACCUCCUACAUAAUAAGAAUUUAUUCAGCAAGCCCUGAAUUCCUGGAUGAGCUACAGCUUGCUUCACUUUUUGCAAGCACAGGUUUCCAGUUGCUUGUGAAGACCAAGUUGCAUUUGGGAAGCUCUAGGUGCACCCGACUUAUUCAACAUGACAGCAGAAUUUUGGUUUAAGGUGAUUACAAGAGUCGUAUAUUUACCAAUUUAUAGAUAUUGCUUCAAAGUAUGCUCUGUGAGUAAUGCCGUCUUCAUUGUUCGCGCCACAUGGAUACCGCAAACUGCGGGAAAGAGACACGUUUGAUACAUUAAGUCUAGGUGUUAUGAAAAAGGGCUGUAAUAAAAGGUUUACAAGUUUCGGGUUCUGAAUUAUAAUGGCUGGAAAAAUGAGGUUUCUGCUUCAGCUCUUUAAAAUACAGCUGGAAAUGGAAAGGUGGUUAAGCACUUAAAAGUUGAUUUAUAAAAGUCUUGUUUACUGCUUAUGCAGAUUCUUUGCAGAGUUCACUCGGUGAAAGCGUGGCAAGUGUUGAUUUUUGCAAUAACUCAUAUAUUAUGCAGAUUCUCAUGACUGCCAUCUCCAUCAUUCUCAUCCCAUAAGUGUACACUAUGGCAAAGUGGAACUGAAUGUCUGAAGGAAAUACUGCAAUCUAAGAAUUGGUAUGCAGAUUAAGCCCUGUGCUGGAAGUGCAAUGGAGACAGCAAGUCUGCCUAAUUUGAACAUUGGCUUGGCACCGGGCCUUCUUUUGAUAAUAGCUCAGUAUCUAGCAGGCUUUUGCUUUUAUUGCCUAUUUCACAACCAGAUGAAUGGGUCUCUGCCAUGAGUGUCCACUUUGCAUAGUUUUGUGUUUUUCAAUCAUCUUGUUCUUAGCUGUUUUUAUUACCACUUGUACAUCCCCUUGAACAUACGUGAAAGUUGAUAAAUAAUCAACAACAAUGCAAAGCCGUUGGUGCCCUUGGAAAAUUAAUAUUUUAGGCUGAUGCUGUUAUAAUAUAUUACUUUUUUAAGCACGCAGCUCUUUGGCAAGAGCAGGUUAAGAUGCAGUGAAUCUCCAUCUCAGCCAGCUGAUUCCCAACUCAGCCAGGCUCAGCUAAUAUUAAGUCCCCAGCCCUGGCUCUGCCCAAAAUAUGCCAGCAUAAGUUGCUCAUUCUGGUUCAGCUCGCUGAGCCUUAGCUGGCUAAAAUGAGGCCAGUGUAAGUACCCUCCAAAAAGAACAUUUCAGGGGUGUGAUGGGACCAGAGAAGGGAGACUUAGUCUGGUCACAUGUUUCAGGCCAGUCACAUGACCUGGUAACCCAGGGUAGAACAGUAAUCUAAAUGCUUAUUUUCCCUCUACUAGACAUAGGCAGAGCAGCAGGCCUGCUGCUGAAUGGGAUUUGGAUCUGGUGUAACAUUUUUUAAGGGAAAUAGAUGAAAACACGGGUUACCGUACAUCUGGAUUUUCCUGGGCGUUCCAGUGAUUUCCGCCCAGACAGUUUCUGACAGCCAAUUGCCGGACGUAUGGCAACCCUAUUUUGUACCAGCUUAAUUUACACUGGGGGACGCGGGUGGCGCUGUGGGUUAAACCACAGAGCCUAGGACUUGCCGAUCAGAAAGUCGGUGGUUCGAAUCCCCGUGACGGGAUGAGCUCCCAUUGCUCAGCCCCUGCUCCUGCCAACCUAGCAGUUCGAAAGCAUGUCAAAGUGCAAGUAAGUAAAUAGGUACCGCUCUGGCGGGAAGUUAAACUGUGUUUCCGUGCGCUGCUCUGGUUCGCCAGAAGCGGCUUAGUCAUGCUGGCCACAUGACCCAGAAGCUGUAUGCCGGCUCCCUCGGCCAAUAAAGCGAGAUGAGCGCCGCAACCCCAGAGUCGGCCACGACUGGACCUAAUGGACAGGGGUCCCUUUACCUUUACCUUAAUUUACACUGGAUUGCUUUAUGCUGGCUUCUUGGGCUUGCUCACUAAGUGGUUAAUGCCAAUGGAUGGGUGAACUAAUUCCAGUAUUUAUUUAAUUUUAUGUAGAAUUGCACCAUAGGAAUUUCCCUUCCUCUCCUCUGCAGCUUAAUGACAGCCAUAGACUCAUUACAGCAAAUCACAAUAUCUCAACAGCAGAACCCUUUUUUCCUUGUAUCGGUCACACUCUAGAGCUGUCAUGCCCUUUGUGAAAGCUGUCUACCCAUUCAGAAAUAAUAUAAAACUCUAUUAUAUCUGACCACACAUGCAGAAAAUUCAGUGACAGCUGGACUUACGCAUGUGUCUUUUGUCUGCAGGGAGUACUGAGUGUUUUCACCUUCUGCUGUGGACCGGCUAAGCCAAGGAAGGUGUCUUAACUGUCAAAAGUUGACCUUUCUAUAUGAGUGUCACAGCACAUGCUCCUUUUAACUCCAGGAAAUAUGAAUGCAAACAUCACAGCCUGCCCUUUGUGUCAUAAUUCAUUCCUUUGCGCUGACAUGUGGCCACUUUGUCAGCUAAGCCACAGGCUGAAGUGGCAGCCCAGCAUCAAUGCAGUGGUGACUUCCCUUUGAAAAAUCAGUAGACUUGUGUAGGGCUUUAGCAUAACUGCAGCUUGGGAUAGUGAUGCAUUUCCCACUGUUGUGAACAAGGAACAGCCAAGAACAUGGGGCCACUGCCCCAUGUGGUGAGUUAUCAGAAUUGUAGCUUGAACCACCUCCUUAGCCCACAGGGCACCAACCUUUCAGAAGCCAGUGGGCCCAUCUGGAAUGUUCAAGAAGUGUUGUGGGCGCCAGUCACAAAAUGGCUGCUGUGGUGUACGUGGCAUGACACAAAAUGGCUGCCACAUCUAAAAUGGGUGUGGAACCAUAUUCAGUCUGAGGGCCACAUUCCUUCAUGGGGAACAUUUUGAGGGCUGCAUGCCAGUGGUGGAAAUGGCCAGAAGUAAAAGUUGGUGGAGGAAGGCAUGUACAGUGGUACCUUGGUUUUCGAAUGUAAUCCGUUCCAGAAGACUGUUGGAGUUCUGAAACAUUCUAAAACCAAAAACUCAAUAGCCGACAGCUAAGCCUCAGGAUCUUCAACUCAGCAGAAGUCGCAUGGCAUGUUUGACUUCCGAGGAGUGUUCGAAAACCGAAGCAUUUACUUCCGGGUUUACGGCGUUCAAAAACCGAAAUGUUUGUCAACGGAGACGUUCGAAAACCGAGGUACCACUGUAACUCCUACAGUGGAAUAGCACAUUCUAGCUAUUCCGAAUCCAGAGCUUUCUACAACAUACAUUUCUCAAUGUCCUCCAUCAUGGUGAGCAAGAGUCUUUAUCAAUGUUUAAGAACACAUUCCAGCCAGUCAAAAACACGAGGAUGUCUCAGAACAAGGUUGGGGAACAGUGUGAAGUGGAGAGGAGUCAUGGCUUGGAGAGAGUCCUGGGAGCCUGAUAUAGAGGGCGAGCGGAUCACAUUCAGCUCCUGGACCUGAGGUUGAGCACUCCUGCCUUAAAGUAUUUCUGUGGCGGAAGAGUAUCCCCUCGAAUUAUGGGACUCUCUCUCUCCCCCUCUCUCUCUCCUGAGCAGAGGCAGCCUACCAUCUUCUCUGUGUUAUGUUUGCAUCAUGCAGCCAAAAAAAGAAGCUGAAAGGCAAACAGACUCAUUUUUCAUUUGUAACGACGAAGCGCUUGAGGUCUGCCUUCGUCUCUGGAAGGUGAAUGUGCAAACUGAGUUUUGUGACAGUGCGACAGCUUCGAUUCUUAUUUUUCCAGCAAUUUUGGAUACCUUUUUUCUUUUAAAUUGAUCAAGCGGACAAUACAAUGCAUGGUGAAUUACAGCUUACAAUAGGCUCCAGUUUAAAGCAAAGGAGAAGUGGUUUAAUGAGCAACAUAUUUAGCCGUGGGGAGAAAACAUUUUCAAACACGAUCUUGGAAGGGGGAACAGAGAAAUGCAUUUAGCACUGCAGACUGGUGUUUAUGCAGCUGUGACAUUUGCUAUGCCAGGAUGUCUUCCAGUCGGGAAUAAGCUGUGCAGCUUACAAUAGUGUCCUCUGCGUCUUUCUCAUGUCAAGAUUGGACUGGAAACACUAUUUCUGCUGUAGUAGCUAUUGUUUCUGCUUACUGUCUCCUUUCCUGGUAGAAUACCACCAUAAUAGUUGAUUAAGGCUGCAUUCAGACAGCACUUUAUGCCAUCUUCCCUUGCCUGUUCAUUUUCACGUUGUAUCCGAUCUUUCACAUGACUUCUGGAAAACUGGUGGAAGUUUUGUACUAAUUUAUGUGUUGUUUCCAGGGAGGGGGGGAGAGCCGGUUGCAAUCAUCUUCAUUCAGAAAAUCACGGGAGCUUUUCAAUGACAAAAUUUGGGACCAUAUCUCAUCAUACUGUUCUUUCCCACCAUGGCAGUAUAAGUGACUGGGACAGAAACGCCAGCAUUAUAACCAGGAAAAACAAAUGCAAUAAGUUCCACGUCUGAAUGCAAACUUAGUCUUGCUCUGACCACCCAUCUCCCAAGUCUGCUGUCAUCUCUCGAGCUCGGCCUUCGGAGGAAGCAUGCCAGAUAUAGGGGCCUAUUAGCUGGUGAAAAUUGAUGAGAGCCAGGACUGGGUAACGCUAAGGUGUUUUAAAAAUUAAUUUUAAUUUUCUACCGCUAGUCAAUCAUUUCCAUUUCGCUGCUGUAGUCAGGAGUCCCCCGAAGCCAAGCUUUUAAGGUGUGGGGUGGGGAAGAAGCACUUGCAAAGUGCAAGCAUGGAGAGGGGAACCAGUGAUGGACCGUCUGCUUCCACCCACCCUCCUCGCUUCUUGCUGCCAUUGACAGCUUUUCUGUGCUGAUGUGGUGAAGCUUCAGAAUGGCAACCUGUCACUUUCAGUUCACACCACCCUGCUGAAUAUACAGAUAAAGGAGCAGAAGCAUUCAUUUUCCUAUAAGGGAUCUCUGUGGGGGUUUUGUUACUUGUUCAUAUUGUUAGAUGUAGAGGGACGCGGGUGGCACUGUGGUCUAAACCUUGGCUUGCCAAUCAGAAGGUCAGAGGUUCAAACCCCCGUGACGCGGUGAGCUCCCGUUGUUUGGUCCCAGCUCCUGCCCACCUAGCAGUUCAAAAGCACAUCAAAGUGCAAAUAGAUAAAUAGGAACCACUCUGGUGGGAAGGUAAAUGGCAUUUCCAUGGGCUGCUCUGGCGGACAAACGCCGGCUCCCUCAGCCUAUAGAGCGAGAUGAGCACCACAACCUCAGAGUUGUCCGCGACUGGACCUAACGGUCAGGGGUACCUUUACCUUUACCUUGUUAUUGUUAGAUGUGUUCUUGAUAGGGAUGGCAGAGGAAUCCUUUGGAAACAGAUUCAUGCACAGAAUUUGGCAGUUCCAACCCUGUCGAAUUUUACCCAUGUGGGAACACCCAUCACAUCGUCCACUGGAUUUAUUUUUUAAAAAACCUUCAACCAAUUAUAUGCAAAUAUUAUGUAAGUCCAGACCCAUGCAACACUAUAUUUCUGCAGUGUAAUUUUAUACAUCAUAACACAUAGCGUGUUCUCCUUCAUGGAGAGCACGUGUUGCGGUGGGGGCCGCCAGGACACUCCAAAGUUGGGGGCGGGCUAAUUGAUCGUUGGCCACUGAUGCGAUUGGGGCUUCCCUUGUUGUUGGGAAGAAGUUAAUGUUGCCAUUUAUUGAUUGACAGCCAGAAAUAGUAAAACUCCUUGCACGAGGCUAGGGCUUCCUCUUUUCACACGUGCAUCGGAUUGCCCGUCCCUCCCUUCCUAGAAUAGGGUUGUUUGCUUUGACCUUGCUAUGCCUGUCAUGGGGUCGUCUGCUUUGGAGCGGGGGCCUGGUAGGAAUUUUGUCCAUCUGGCUGAUUGGCUGGGGCCAUUUGGGUUUUGCCUACUGCGUAGCAAAUCGUCACAACUUGUAAGGUUCGCGGUUAGACAUUGGUUUAUGGUUUGGUUGGUUGAGGGGCAUGGAUUGGCUGUGCCUGCCCCUCUAAUGCUGCUGCUGCAAGGGAUUCCGUUAAAGGAAUUGGGAGCUAACUAUUGCUUGUCCACUCUGUCAAGGGGGCUUGGGCCAUAGCAAUGAGCUCCUGGUUGCAUUUGGGGUGAGGGCAGGUUCCCUGCUCCACGUAACCCCCAAGUGUAUUCCCCCAUUCUGACUUUCGCAUUGUGCGGAAUGUCAGUCUGUCCCCCAUGGUGGGGGCAGAUAGUCGCAACCAAUGCCUACGCAACCACUCACAAAUUUGUAUUUUAAUAAAGUUGUGGCCAAAAUUAUGCCAAAAAUCUUAAACAAAAAUUUCUGUGUGAUGUGUGAGUUAUUGGGGUGGACCUGGGGACCUCGACACGCAACAUUCGUAGAAUUGUAGACUUGGAAGGGUCCGUGACGCUCAUCUAGUCCAACCCCCUGCAAUGCAGGAAUCUUUCUGCCCAAUGUGUGGCUCGAAUCCAUAACCCUGGGAUUAAGAGUCUCACGCUCUACCACCUGAGCUAUCCCAGGUAGCUUCCUACACAAUGAUAUGCACCGUUGUGUAUAUCCACUUAUGUGCUGGUUGCAUUACAAAAUCUGGAGUGCAUAUAUGCAUAUACUAUGCAUGUUAUAUGUAUAACAAUGCAUAUAAUAUGUGAGAAAUGUUUGCAUUUGUGCACCAGGCACAGGGAGGUAGGGAGCAGUGAAUGGCUGGAGGGAGACGGUGGGUUGUGCAGGGCCAUAACUUUAUCAAAGACUGUAUAAUGGGGUUUGGUGCAGCAUCCAACAGGCAGCCCAGCUAUGGCCUGAUAUAUCUACCCAACCAGCCUGCUAAAUGGGGAAGAGUAGUUCCUAGCAGGUGUUGUGAAUAACCAGGUUCUUUUAUCUGUUUAGAUGUUUUUGCAUAAAUGAGAUUCAGUGCACUCCAGAGGGAGAACACAAGUCAGCAGUCAGGCAACCAGUAUAUUGGAAUUUCUGCAUAACAUUGCUUUAUUGAUUAAUAAACACAAUACAUAACAAGACAAGGGAACAUGCACUCCGUCACGCACACAUCCACAUCCACAAUCAUACCCACCAGCCUUUCAGUGGAAUUGAUCGAGUUCCAAUAAGGGUUAUGGGUGACCAGACAGUGAGGAUCCUAGCUGCGUCUGACACACAGACCCUUCUGAAAAGCCUGAACUUAUAUAGUCUUUCUUCUGUGCAUCUGGGUCUUAGCAUUUCUCACUGCUUUUUGGCAUGUUCUUGGCAGUCCUCCAUCUUUAGCAUGUUCCUGGCAUAUCACAACUCUCAUUGUUUGCACCUGGUCUUCUGUAACUUUUGGUGUGGUACGAUACUCAUUGUUUGCAACUAGCAUUGCAUAGCCAGCCUUUCACGCUUCCUUGCAGGUACAGUACUUUUUGCCAGAACAUGAACAUUCCUUUAGCUCUUUGAUCAACACAGUUCAGAAAUAAUUCAACAGCAUCCAAUUUGGGUGGUGGUCUUCAGCCAAUCUUGGGGCUCAUUCAAAACAUGCCAUUCAUGACGCAGGAGGUUCCCACCAGAAGAACAUAUGAAGAGCCUUUGGUCCAUCUAGUGUAGCAUCCAGUUCUCACAGUGGCCAACCUGGGAACCCACAAGCAGGACCUGAACACAGGCUAUUGGUAGCCUUCUUCUCCAUGAAUUUGUCUAAUCCUCUUUUAAAGCCAUCCAAGUUGGUGGCCAUCACAGCUUCCUGUGGAAGUGAGUUCCAUAGUUUAACUAUGCCCUGCAUAAAGGACUUUAUUUAUCUAUCCUAAAUCUUCCAACAUGCAGCUUCAUUGGAUAUGCAUGAGUUCUAGUGUGUCAGGUGUGUGUGCAGGAGCCAGGCCCUGUGACCAGUUUGUUCUGAAGAGGCAAGGUGCGGCCUCACAGGUGAGGCCAAUUGGUAACUCACAGCACCUGGUGGCAAGAGCUGGGAAGGGAUAUAAGGUCAGCUCUUUGCCACAGCAACACAUUCCUUGCCUUGCUGCAUUUGGUUCCUUGACUCCUUGCUUCUUGAUCCUCGGACCCUUGACUUUACAACCCCUUCCUUCCUUCCUGACCCUCAGACCCUUGGCUUCUUGACUCCCAGCUCUCUGACCCUCAAACUCUUGGCUUCCCGACUCCUGGCUUCUGGACUCCCGUUCCUGCUCCCACCGUGCCAUCUUGCCUCCGGUCCCGACGUCCCCAGCCGGGACUUCGAUCGCCCGUGAACCAGACCAUGACAUAGUGUCAUGAAAGAAGGAGAACAACUUCUCUAUCCACUUCCUCCAUGCCAUGCAUAGUUUUCUAAAUGUCUAUCAUGUCACCUUUUCUCUAAAUUAAAAAGUCUCAAGUGAUGCAACCUUUCCUGAGAGGGGAGUCACACAACACAGCUCCCCUCUCCUGGAUUCUGCUCCAGAUAUCAUGUUGCCCAGCUACUGGUUCUGCAUACAGCUGGAGAAACGCUUGCUUCCUACUCUUGUUAGUACGCACAAAGUGUAAAAUCGACAUCAACGCUCUUAGCACUGGGGCCACAUUCUGCAUUUUCCAUCCACUUCUCUUAGAACCUGUGGUUAUAAGAGAGGACAACAAAUGACUUUGAAAACCAUGAAAGACAGGGAUGGAAACGGAAGAUCACCAUCCAUUUUUGCUUGCCAGAACAGUCUGCAGACCUCACGAACAAUCUCAUCAGAGCAUGCAGCACCUGUGAUGAAGUACUGAGUGGUAAUUGCAGAGUAGUAGUGUGAAAGCUGUUGCUCACAGACACACCUGUUCUAUUAGAAACACAAAACAGCAGACAAAGCAUCUGUUUGCCAACCCAGUAGAAUUGCAUAUUUCCUUAGCCAUCCCUUAACACACAGACAUUUUUGGCAUAAGUAUAUAUGGGGUACUUUCCCUGAGACUGCAGGUGUGAGUUCCGCUUAGCUCCUCAGUUAAUUCAACAACAAAACUCAGUUUUGAUAACCUAACUUUUGGAGGAAGUUGUCCCAUGUUGCAUCAGUGUGAGGAAAAAGUCCCUGCAUUAUUAUCACCUGCUCUGAAUGACCAAAUUAGAGCAGGGAACACAACUGGUCCUUGCAGUUCAUUCCUUGCAGUCAUUUCAUUCUUCAACAGUUUCUUGGAGGUGGAUCUCACUAUUUAGCACUAGCAGUAGUACUGUCUGUCUGUCUGUCUGUCUGUCUGUCUCUCUCUCUCUCUCUCUCUCUGCAAGUGGCAGCAGAAGCAACUAUGUCAACAGUCUGAUCACCAUCCUGCAUUCUGCUAUGGAGCAUCAAUUGAGGGAGGGGAAGAAGGCUUGUUGGUUUAUUAGCAGCUGCUGCCAGCUGGAGAAUUCAGCAAGGGCAGAUGGCUUGGCCAGUGGCCAACAGCACCUUAACCAGGGUAGAAGAAAUCUGUUCCUUCAUGGUUUACAUGCAGAACUUUUAAACAACCCUACUGGCCUCCUUUCGGUGGUGUCAGAUAAACAAUAACUCCAUUCUAGUUUUUUUGGCACAUUUUGAGAGCAUGCCAGAACCAAGUCUAAAACCCAGAAGUGAAAAUGAAGUUUGGGGAGCAUAGAUCCCUAGUGACUUCCCAUGGGCGGGGGGAAUGAAUGAGAGUUCUCCACUAUCGCGUGCGCAAUGAGAUGAAAUCUUCCUAUAGCCCUCUCCAAAAAUAAAGGGCCAUAGCUUAGAUGUAGACUACAUGCUUUGCAUGAAGUUCAAUCCCCGGCAUCUCCAAUUGACCACACAAUCCUAUGUACCUAUCUACUGCCAAUCUAGCAGUUCAAAAGCAUACCAGCUCGAGUAGACAAAUAGGUACCACUGCAGUGGAAGGUAAAUGGUGUUUCCGUGCACUCUGGCUUCCGUCACAGUGUCCCGUUCUGCCAGAAGUGGUUUAGUCAUGCUGGACACAUGUCCAGGAAAGCUAUCUGCGGACAAACACCGGCUCCCUUGGCCUGAAAUGAGAUGCGUGCUGCAACCCCAUAGUCAAGUUUGACUGGACUAAACCAUCCAGGGGUCCUUUACCUUUAUGGUUUACAUAAAAAUGAAUAAAUACUACUAUUGAAAAUGAGAUAAAACAAUGCUGAGGUGGGAGAAGAGGAACACCUCAAUCGCAGUGAGGAAUUCCAGGUGAACAUCCUUCCACCAAACACACAGCCUCACCAAAUACACAGCCUCACAUAGCCAUCAUGGCUAGUAUCCACUGAUAGCCUUGUCCUCCAUGAAUCUGUCUAAUCCUCUUUUAAAGUCACCCAAGUCCAGGGAAAUGGUUUCGACUGUUGACAUAAACAGCAAUUAACAGCACACUUUCAAACAAAAGUCUUAUCUCCAGCACGUUGUAAAUCACAGCAACAGUCCUUCAAUAGAAUUCGCCAGCAGCACUCUGCCAUCAGGCAUCGGCAAAAACAAAGCCGAGUGGUCUUCUAGAACCUUCUAGAACCUUUCUACUUGUUUCUGGCAGAAUGAUUCCCAAACACUUGGAACAUCCUCUGCCCAGACCCUCGUGGAGCAGGAUGAAGAGGCACCUCUCUUCAGGGUGGGGUGGCUCAGAGACUGGGGGGGGGGGGUGCGGUAGCUUCCUGAAGGACUCACAAGGAGACAGGAGAGGAGGCUGAGUGAACCCUCCACAAGAGAGGGUGUUCAAAAAAGGGAUGAGGGGCUGCCAGCUCCGCAGGCAAGGGGUGACAUAACUGGACUCCUGAGCCCCACAGGGGUGCCGCAGAAAGAAUAUUGUUCGCCAAGGGAGCCGUGGACUCAAAAAGGUUGAAAACCUCUGUUCUAGACAGUCAUUACUAGUCAGAGUACAGCGCUAGGUGAACCAGCUGGUACCCUGUCCUCUUUCAAGCAGAACUGCCUCUUGAUCUAUGCACCUGCAAAUAGCUAGUUCUGUAGGCUUUGUCCAGUGUCAUAGCAAAGGUGUUAAAUCUUCAGUCUUUGUUUUACAGAUGGUUAACCAGUUUGAUUAAAUUAGCGCUAAUGCUGCAAAAGCCUCAUACUCCUAAUGGAAAGCUGAGUCUGUCUACACCCUUGUGCAUAGUAGUUUCUUUUCCAUGCUGGAAGCACCUGAAUAGCAAUUAAUUUUUACUUGCAAAUAGGGCUUCUACUGUUUACUGGAAACAAGCCCUUUACAGUGGUAAUUGAAUUUAAAUAAAAUGAAUGCACGUUUUCUAGAGGAGUUGUUUUUAUAAAUAAUUUUUGCAAAUGCCCAGGUAAGGCCCGUCACUUAAGCCGUCUGGCAUCUGGCGCAUAUAAAUUGAGGCAUAAUGAAUGUGGCUGAGCAGCGAGGUUUUCAUUAUGUUUCCUAAGCAGGGAAAAGUGGUUGUUGUUGUUUGUUCUGUAUUCCUCUAUGAUGAAACAGCAACGGGCUCUCCCCACAUUCCAUUUCAGCUUGAUUUUGUUCAGUUUAAUGAGACUGCUUUGGCGUUACAAAUGAAAUGUCACUUUGAUUGUUAGAUAUAAAAAAAUAGAGUUAAGAAAUUAAAAUCUGAAUUUGUUUCUUUUCCCCCCUUUCUACUUCAAUUUGCUAUUCAGCUCUCCCGAAACUUCUUGUUGUUAUCUAUAUAUUUGAAUAGAGUUUGCACCAUCUAUUAAUUAUAGAAUACAGUCAUACCUUGGAAGUCAAACACAAUCCGUUCCGGAAAUCCGAUCGACUUCCAAGACAUUUGGAAACCAAAUCGUGGCUUCUGAUUGGCCGCAGGAGACUCCUGCAGCCAAUUGGAAGCCGCGGAAGCCCUGUCAGACAUUCGGCUUCCAAAAAUAGUUUGCAAACUGGAACAGUCACUUCUGGGUUUGUGGCAUUCGGAAGCCAAAACGUUCAUGAACUAAGCUGUUCAAAAACCAAGGUACAACUGUACAGGUGACAACCAUUUUGUGCGGGGCCUCCAUUCCUAGCCCCUGCACGCAUUGGCGGAGAACGCAUAAGUGCGCCCUACUCUGUUCUGCCCUCUUCUAGAUCUAAAAGGACCUGUACAUCAGCAAUCACACGCUGAUUAGACACUUCUAAAAUGGUUGCCGCCUGCAACGCACAGGCCCAGAAGAGGUCCAGCCCUACCGUUAGCAGCCGGGUAGCUGCCUCAGGUGGCUGAUCCUAUGGGGUUUAGAGUAGAUAGAGCAACAGUGGCUGGCAUACGAGGACUGAAGUGAAGGCCCAAGACAGGUGUUGAUCAUUAUGUGAGCUGCGCACAGGUGGUCUGAAGCGAGUGAGCUAGCACCAUUCCUGUGGAGCCUCUUUUUAUUGAGACAAAUAUGCAAGCCAGGCAGAUACAUUUUUGGGCUGUGACCUUUACACAUCUUCCAUCCCGAAAUCGUGGGGUGGUGGAAAGCUAUUUUGGCACCUGUUCCACAGCGUCAUUUUCCCCUUCCAAGGUGUAUGACAUAGGAGACAAAAGGUCUCAGGGAAAAACUUACAGACAGGACACCGCUGACUCUGAGACCGCAAAAGGUCAGACAUAGGUGGAACGAUGUACCAGACAGCUUGUGGCUUGUCUGAGGGGGGAUUGUGCCCUGCACCCCAAGGUCACGCGUGCAGGCAGAUUGUGGCUGCCUGCUGGUGGGGAAGUGCUCCCUCCGGACCCCACUCCCCACUCCGCGAUAUCCAUACAGAGGACAGUGCCACACACCUGACCUCCUGGGUGGGUUCCACUGGUGUACCAGCACAGCGCUACAUCCUUGCUGUCUCGCCUUUCUACCUCCAAGUAAGCAGCAGCCAUUCUGCUGAUGGGAGGUCAGGUGCGUGGCCCCCACCCCACCAGUCUCUACUGAGACAGAGUUGUAUAUGCCCAGUGUCCUGCCCUCCCUCCCUAAUCUAGGCAGAUGCUCUUGGCAGUGGCGUAGCGUGGGUUGUCAGCACCCAGGGCAAGGCAAGUAAUUUGCGCCCCCUAACCCGUGGAUUUUAGCACUGAUUUUAGCACUGCGAGUGCAAGCGCCCCCCCCCAGAUGUUGCGCCCGGUGCGGCCGGCCCCCCCUGCACACCCCACGCUACGCCACUGGCUCUUGGGUGCAGUGGAGCCCAUUGCCAUUGUUGAAAUUAUGUUCAAGUACCAGUCUGGUUGGCUUUUGUACACAGAAUGGGUAGAGGCACCAUCUUGUCCUUCACUUCCAGCAGGGGGGGAAAAAUAUAUAUUUGGCUUAGCCUGGUCCCAUAUUCCCCCUUCAGAGCUCCAGUUUCCAGAGUUCCCUGUGAAUUGGAAAGGAUUGCUCACACAGUGGACACUCGGGUUGCGAACGUGAUCCGUGUGGGAUGCACGUACACAACCCGCAGCAUUGCAUCUGCACAUGCACAAAGAGCGAUUUAGUGCUUCUGCACAUGCACGACUGCCGAAACCCAGAAGCAACCCGUUCCAGUACGUCCGGGUUUCGGUGUAUUCGUAACCUGAAAAAAUGCAGCCUGACGUGUCUGUAACUUGAGGUAUGACUGUAUAUGCAUUAGCAGGCACUACUUGUUGUUGUUUAGUCGCUUAGUCAUGGCUGACCCUUCAUGACCCCAUUGACCAGAGCACUACAGUUGCUGCUUAGUCUCUAACCACCUCUCUUCUGAUUUUGGUGGGUUGCUUCUGUAGUCAACUGCUGCAUCUAGAGGAAGUGGAAAGCGUUCCAAGGUACAGCAUCCAGUGUGCUAUAUCUUCUUUGAGUAAAUCUGAGUUGUUUGGUGCCUGCUGCUUGAGGCAUAAACUUUCUCUUUUUAAAAAAAACCAAAACAUUUUUAUUGAAUUUAACAUGCAAAUUAUAAAACACACCACACAAAUUAUUACAAAUACAAUCUUAUUGGACUUCCAUCAGCACUUCUGAUGAUCUUCCGUCUUAAACGCUUCUUAUGCAUUACUUAAUUUUGUAUUGUCUUUACCUUUCUUAACCUAUCCUCUCCCCUUCUUCAUUUUUACAAUACUUCCCAUAAUACUCCUCACAGAACUUCUUGCAAACCUACAAACGUCGUCUGAUCAUCACAAAUACUUUUCAUAUAACUCGUAAAUUUACUCCAGUCUUCAGUAAAUUUCUGGUCACGUCAGUUUCGGAUUCUUCCUGUUAGUUUGUCUAAUUCUGCAUAGUCCAUUAACUUCAUCCUCCAUUCCUCAAUCAUCGGCAAUUCUUCUUGCUUCCAUUUUUGGGCGAGGCAUAAACUUUCUCAUAUCCAACAAUUGCAACUCAGGAGAUUGUAGCUCCUCAGGGAGAAUGGCAGCUCUCCAAACCCUUAACAAACUACAGCUCCCAGGAGCCUUUGGGGGAAACCAUGGCUGUUAAAGUGUUACAAGAGUGCUUUGAAUUUAUGGUGUGGGUGUGGCCUACAGAAAGAGGCCGGGGGAGACCUAGAAUAACUUUCUUCUUUAGAAGGAGAGGUUGUAGCAAUAGAGACUGAGAGCAGUGACGUGGUGUGUUCAACAGGAAUUUUGCACUGGAGGGAAGCAGUUCGAGGAAGCUCCCUGCUUGAAAGUUGGAGAAUCAGCCAUUUGGGAUCUCUCAGCAAGAGCGGCACAGCUUAAGUUCCUUUACUGGACAUGCCAGCCUCUUGUUGCAUCAUUUAUAAAGUUUGCAGCACGAAAUAUUACAACCGUGCACCCAAGCUAUCUAACCUUGGCUAAUGCUAAUUCUGCAUGUUUAAGGGUGUGGCGAUCACACAGGGUCCCCGGACGUUUCACCUUCUAUUGAUCCCUGUGCCACCACUUUAUUUCCCACUGCCACCACGCAGGCCCUACCUGGUACAAUACUGAGUCCAGUCAGGGUUAAAUUGGAACAUAAACAUCUGUUUAUUUAUUGCAGUUUAACAAACGUGCAGUUUCAUAAACGGUAUCAGUCAAUUACAAUCAUGGGGUGCCUAUCCAGACCUAUAACUUCCGCUACCUGCUCUCACUCACUAAACCACCUCUCAAAUAUUUACUUGUCUUCCUAGCCCUUAACUGUUCCUGACUCAGCUUAUUUCGCUGCACUAACUCAACCUACCCACAGACUCUAUCCCAAUUCACUCCCACUAGAACCAACCACCCAACUCCCAACGAACUCCUCCCUUCGCCUCUCCCAGAGCUGGUUUUAUAGUCCCUCUGACUCCACCCCCUGGGUUCUGAUUGGGUAACCUGUUUAACUAUUUCACCUCCAGCACUCUCACAUGUUAACGUCACAAAGGGUUGCUAAUUUUUCAAUGUGAUGCCAACCACAUGGGUGCUUUUUUUGUUUUUGUUUUAAAUCUCCCAUCAUUACUUUUAAAUUGUUCCAGAGAGGAGGUGGAAAAUGUGAGGGGGGCAGGGGGUUUCACAGCUGUUCCUCUGCGCCUCACAUCACUGGUUUGAUAUAGAAGUUCCUCCCUGCACUGACAGUCACACUUGACAGCCACACUUUAAGACAAAACAUAUUUUCAUUUUUUAAAAAAACCCCACAAGAUUCAUAAGUUCUUUAGUAAAAGGCGAAAGAUUUAUACGAUCUGAAGAGAAACCAGAGAAACCAGAUUCAUAAGUUCUGCUGCUGCUUAAAUUUCAUCUGUUUCACAUUCCCAUCUUAUAACUGCCCGUCUCCUAGAAUCCUGACCCGGCCAGCUGUUCGUUCCCUCAUCCCUAAAGAUAUUUUAGGAUUGUCACCUAUGAACUGCUCCCUAAACUCUUAUUCCCUACUGAUACGCAGUAAAUAUUGUUGUGUCUGAAACAUUUUGCAUGGAGAUCCUUGCCUGAUAUGCAGGAGAGGCAGAGAACAGACCUAUUCUUUAUUGUGGAAAAAUUGGAAGCCGCUUUCUACUGAGUCAGACCCUUGGUCGGUCUAGCCCAGUAUGUCUACACUGACUGACAGCAGCUGGCAAGAAGUUUCAGACAGGGUUCUGUCUGUUCCUUCAUGGAGGAAUGAUUUUCAUCUGUGUUAUGUACUGAGUUGAAUAGGAUCCAAAAUGCAGCAGUCUGAUUGGUCCUAGAACAAUAGGAUUCAGAAUGCAGCAGUCUGAUUGGUCCUAGAACAAUGCAGCAGUAUGAUUGGUCUGCAGGAGCCACCCAAUCCGGCUCCAGAUGGAAGUGAAUCCACAACCUGAUUGGCCUACAGGAGAAUUCCGGAAUAAGUCAAUCACGUGCAGCCCAUUGUGUAAAUAAUGUAUAUAAAGCAGAUACUUUGAGGGGACUUUCAUUCCUCCUCACGACUAUGAGCUGAAUAAAGAGCAUGAAAUCCACUCUCAACUCUGAGUAUAUUUCAAUCUGGAACAUAGCAGGAAGGAAAAGGGUUAAAUUGCAAAAUUGUGCACAUUAAUUAUAUUUGUUUUGGGCUUUGGUUUGCUUCCAGUACAGUAGCCAUGAAAGGGGCAGAUUAUCAGAUUUAAAAGGUGAUAAUAGCUACAGCAAGCCACUGUUUGGACAAAUUCUUGUUACAACAUGUUUUUAGUUGUUAGAUUUCUAAAAUUAUUUUUUUUUUUAAUCAACAACAGUACUGUCUGGAGACCUUCAAAAUCUGCAAAUUGGUUUAAUGACAACAAAAUAGAUUUCAAUCUUAUCACUCUUAAUGCUCUAUAAUUUAUUUAUAGCCAGUGAGGACAAUUUUGAGAGCAAUUUUGUGAAUUGUUGCAGUUUGUGGUAGCUCUAUGAAACACUCAUAUUUCGAAGAACGCAAUUAUAUGGCAACAGAGAUAUCAUUAAUUUCCUUAGGAUGUCAUUUCUCUUCCUGGAAAAUGCCCUCAAAGAGCAAGAUAGAUGGUUCAGGCAGGGAAGACUAUACAAAUUUCCAUAUUUAGCUGUUGUCUUUUGGAAUAUGAAACAUGCCCUUAAUGGAUCCUUUGAGAGGACAGGAAUCAACAACACAAUUUAAAUUUUUCAGAGAAGAACAAAUGCAGGAGGGGGAAAUGUCAGCACGCAAUGAGGAAAAGGAAGGAGAGGUGGAGUUAAAAACGGUUGCUGCACCAAUUUUGUUCUGUCUGAAAAAUGUUGGCCUUAUUAGAGACACCCUCUUUGAUAGCAAGUGUCUGGGAAAAAGAGAGCGGAAUAGACUACUGUGUGCAAAAUUAGCUUGCAGCUCUGAACAUUUUUUGCUUCCCAUUUUUGUCCAGAUCGGGGAGCCACUAGUGCAAAAUAGAUUUAUUGUAAGGGCACAGAAAAUGGUGCCAUGUAGACUUCUCUCUCUGUGUAGGGCAGCACUCAGCCCAUGACAAUUCCUGAAGGCGCCUUAGGCUGCGAAGUUCCCAUCUCGCACAUUGAUGCAGGGAAUGUCACAGCUGAGAGCCUCAAAUGGAGCGUGAGAAAAACUCUCAUCAAGCCAUCAAAAUUCUAGCAGCCCAUUGCAAACACCAAGAUUCUAAGCAUCAACACAGAAUGCAGACCCUCCUUGUCCCUAUUUUCCAGGGACAGUCACAGAUUUACAGAAGCCGUCUCGGUUUCUGAUUUGACCCCAGGAUGUCCCGCUUUUUCCUUAGGAUGAUCCUAUUUUCAUUGGAGAAAUGUUGGAGGGUAUGGAUUUACAGCACCCCCAAGCCUAGGAAAUAAUAUACAACCUUUAGAAGACAUCUCAAGGCAGCCCUGUAUAGGGAAGUUUUAAAAAGUUUAAUGUUUUGUUAUGUUUUUAUAUAUGUUGGAAGCUGCCCAGAGUGGCUGAGGCAACCCAGUCAGAUGGGUGGGAAAUUAUUAUUAUUAUUAUUAUUAUUAUUAUUAUUAUUAUUAUUAAGGAUAUCCCUAUUUUCACUGGAGAGAUGUUGGAGGGUAUGAGAAUGCUGGAUUUCAAAUGCAAACAAAAUAUUUAUUUACUUAUUUAUUUAUUGAAUUUAUACCCCAGAGGCGCCUAGGACCAGCCGUCCAUCAUCUGCCCUAAUUUUCUGAUCCAUGGGGUCUUGCAUUUCCUGCUUUUGCAACACAUUCAGCCGCACAGCCCCACUUAGGAGUACUUUGUAAAACCCAGUAAGGAGCGCCUUUCUUCUUUUACUUAAAUGCUCUAAUGAUUUCAGCAGGGAAAAUGCAGACUAUUUUUUUUCUCCUCACAAAGAUGGGGAUCCUACUGCUACUGACCUCUUUUCUAAUCACAGGGGACGGGGGUAAGAGAGAUCUUGAUAUGUUUUUAUAUAUUUUCCUUCAUUCCCCCACAUUAUUUGUCUCUCUCUCACUAUCAGAAGUAAGGAACAUCCUGAUUCCUCAUUGGACUAAUGUUUUAAAUUCCUUUAGAGCUGCUUGCAUUAUUCUUUUGUCACAGUAUACUUAUAGGAUGAAAUCCAAUGGUAGUCAUAGAUUUUAUUGACCACAGCAAUAGGGGGAGAUUUGGAGGGAAGGGAUCAAAAGGAAUUAGGGGGUGUUGCUCAAAUUUGAGGAAGGACACUCACACUGGGGACCACUUCUACUCAUAUAUUAGUGGCCUACAACACAGGGUUGUUCUGAGGGCAAUGACUGGGACGCUUUGCACUUGUUAAGCACUCUAGAAAUGGGUAAUGCAAUUGAUACACUGAUAUUUAGGUACCACAGCACCAAUUCCCCAAUAGAUCCAGUGUUGCUAAUCCCGCUCCAAACAUGCUAAUAUUACCUUGUUUGCAGUAUCCCUUUCACGAUACCCAAGAGUCUCGCACAGGAUGCAGUUUAGAUGUGAUGCAUCCUUCCCCCCCCCCUUUAUUUCUCUUUUCACUAUGCACAGAAUGACUUUUACUGGGGAGGAAAUCAAUAAGCAGGAAAUAGUAAAAAGGAAUAAAAGAGCUAUUAAAUGUCUGUUACAAAAGGGUACAUCGCCGAAUGCCUUUUUGCUGAUACCAUUUCCGCAUCCUAGAAGGGGCAAUAAAAAAAAGGUGUUGAUGUAAUGCAGAAAAUAUUUCCAUUUGCCAGAUGAAAUCAGCCAGAAUAGAUUUACUGUGAAACAGCCAGGCAUUUUUCUUGCAAAUUUCAAGAAUAAAAACGAGCAUUCUUUUUUGCCUUUUAAAGCAUGAGAGAGUGAAAAGAAGGGUCGGACGGUGAGGAUAGGAAGAGAAAUCUGUGCAGUCUCUAAUGCCGAGAAGUUUCUUUCCAUGACUCUAAACCCGCUGUGUUAUGUUAACAGAUCUGGGGAAUUUCAGUGGUCGGACGAGAAGUGCUGUGUCAGUGCGGGAAGGUCAAGGCGUCGUUCUGAUGUGCUCCCCACCGCUCCAUUCACCAGGUACAGCUGACUGCCUUUCUUUUGUGCUGAUGUGACUCUCACUUUUCUGCACGCUCAUCAUGUCCAGCCGUGGUCUUGACUAUGAAUUGUUAAAGGCUGAACUAUGCACAAACCCAUGACCAAUUCUGGGACCACCAAAGGAAUACUGGAAGACCAUCCACCAUGAAUGCUGCAGAGCAGGAGAAAGGGUGCCUCAGAUAAGGCUACCUUGGUUCCAUUUCAACUAGUGAUGUGAACUUCAGUAGCCAUGGGUGUGAAAAGGAAUGUGGCACAAUGCGUGUGUUUGUCUCUGCGUCUCUGCGUGAGAGAUACCAGGCUGUGCAUGGGUCUGUGUUUGUAUGUUUUGACUCCACCUACUCUGAGCUUUGGGAUGCAGGUGGCGCUGUGGGUUAAACCUCAGAGCCUAGGGCUUGCCGAACAGAAGGUUGGCGGUUCAAAUCCCUGUGAUGGGGUGAGCUCCCGUUGCUCAGUCCCAGCUCCUGCCAAGCUAGCAGUUUGAAAGCACGUCAAAGUGCAAGUAGAUAAAUAGGUACUGCUUCAGCGGGAAGGUAAACGGCGUUUCCGUGCACUGCUCUGGUUCUCCAGAAGUGGCUUAGUCAUGCUGGCCACAUGACCCGGAAGCUGUACGCCAGCUCCCUCGGCCAAUAAAGCGAGAUGAGUGCCACAACCCCAGAGUCGGCCACGACUGGACCUAAUGGUCAGGGGUCCCUUUACCUUUUUUUACUCUGAGCUUUUGCCCUGCCCACUUUCAGUAUACAGCCCUUGCCCAGGGGAAUUUGCUCCUGGGAGGAGGAUGGAAGAAGUCAGCACUCACUCUUGGAACUUGCUGCCUAUUGACAUCAGGCAGAUGUCACUGUUUUCAGCAUCUGCUAAAAACAUUUUAGCUUAGGCAAGCCUAUCCAGAUACGCAAAAUUCCGGCAUGUGUUUUUAGCUUAUUGUUGAUUUAAACAAUCAAUUAACUAUUUGGUUGGCCUAGUUUAGAAACUAAACUAGGAGGACCCCAGAUCUUAUCCAGCAAGUGCAAAAAGAAAAGGCGUACAGGAACUUUUUGUUUUAUUUAUUUGUGUAAAAUAACCUGGAGCAAUUGCACUAACCUCUCCACUGUCUCACCUUUCUCCCAUCCAGUAAGUUUAGUCAUGCCUAUGCAAUACCCGAGGCACUUGGGUUGCUGCAGCAGAGAAGGGCCUCUCCUUCUGACUGUAGGGAGCAGGUAGGAUGGGAUGGGAGGUGGUGAUCUCUCUAGUAUCCUUGGCUCAGUGAACUAGAAGAAAGACCCUUUUUUUGGUCAAGUACCAGGUGGUUGCAUUAUUCCUUCUCAUUUGUGAUUCUGUUAUGCAGAAGGAUAAUGAUCCAAAUCUUAGUCUGAACCGAGUCAGUACCAAAAAUUCAAAAUGGCAUUCAACCACUGUCAGGGACUGUGCUGAGGAGGGCUGCACUGAGAAGGAAUGAUGGGAGUCUCCCCCUCUCCCUGCUCCUGAUCAGGAUCCUAAAUCUUCCCAGGAGCAGGAGGACAGUAUAGACUUGGAAGAGUGGUUUGCAGAGGGGCAUAGUUCAGAAGGCAGAAGCUGGGAAAUACUGGAUGGGGAACACCUAGGCGAUGAUGAAACACUGGAAGAGAGAGGGUUAACUCAGCCCGAGGUCAAGAAGAGCUCAGAAAGUCUCAGAACAGGAAGCACAGAGGAUACAAACUCAGAUUACAAGAGGUAUGAGUGAUGUAGAUUAAUAGGGACUGAGCUUAAUUGGGAGCACCGCCAUUCUGCGCCGAUGCUUUCUUUUGUCCUUUGCUGUGUUUAUUAAAGAAACUAACUGGUAAGAAUUCCUUUCGUUUGAUUUGCUCAUCUACGGCCACGGGGGAGGAAGCUGAUUCACUGAAGCCUUACAACCACAGCAGGAGUAGGGAACCCCCGGUCCAUCGACCAGUCUUGGCCAGUGAGACCAGUUUCCCCAAACUGCACCCACCUGUUAAUCCACUGGUGUCACUGAAUAAUGUCAGCUGAUGAGCAGGGGCCAGGGCUCCAUUCUGCAUUGGCUGUGCACACCAAUUUUCCACAGGGAACUGGCAUGCAGCCAAAUCAGCAGGAUGCCAGGUGACUGGCAACCUGUCACCUGACAUCAUCCUGACACCAGAUGAUUGACAGGUGGGUAGAGGCAUGGGGGGGGGAGCAGGAUAAAGAUCUGGCCCACUUGACACACCAAAAAGGUUUCCCAACUCUGAACUAUGUUCCCCCCCCCAAAAAAAAAAUAAAAAUAAAAAAUUGGAGCAGUUUUAAUUUGGAAAGAAAUAUCCAUCUGUGACCUGGAGGGAAAACAGUAUUCACUAGCUCAGAGGUGGAAAAUCUUUUUCUAUGUGUAACUAAGGUCUGACCUUCUUGUUUAGGAAGGCCUUCAGAUGCUGGACUGCACUUCUGUCUGUAUAAUUAGUAUUAUACAGUGUUAUUAUCUUUAUUGUUGUUGUAUUUUAAACAUUUUAAUGUUUUUGGUCAAAGACAGCCUCAACUGGAAUGGCUGGCUGUUAAAUGACCAGGUGCUCAGGGCUUCUCUGACUCAAUGUCAGAGAUCAGGCUGAAGAGUACUGCUCCUGAUGAGUGAUGGUGGGACCCUCCCCCUCCCCCUCCCCCCUCCCCCUGCUCCUGACCAGGAUCCUGAAGCUGCCCAGGAGCAAUGGAGCAGUAUAAAUUUGGAACAGUGGUCUGCAAAGGGGCAUAGUUCUGAAGACAAAAGUUGGGAUGAACUGGGGGGUGAAUAGCAAAGUGAAGAAGAACAGAAUGAGAGAGAGCUAACAGACUUUCUCUCGCUGGAAAGUGUCCAGCCUAUCAGUCUAAGGUCACGUAGAGCAGAUAAGGUGGCUACACAAAAAGCACGGUGGUUGCGAGAUCAGGUUGCAAGGUGUGGAAGUGACUGGGGGGGAGGAUGGCUGGAAACCUUAAUUGAGAACAGCUUUACUCUGAGAUGGACUCUCUGUUCUUGAGCUGUGAUCAUUAAAAUCUCUUUAAACGGUAAGAGACUAUUUUUGCUUUGUUCUGCUUAUCCACAGCCAAAGGGAGGGAGGAAGACCCUUUCCCAAAGCCUGACACUCAAAUAAUAAAACAUAUAUUGGACUUGUGCUGGUUUAGCUGAUCCUCCAAAGAAUCAUGGGAAUUGUAGUCUGGUUAGGAAUAGCACUGCAGGCUUUCCAGGGUUUUCUGAAGAGGCAGAAUAAAUCUACUUUAAGCAUAGCCUUGAGUUAAAUGGCCUUGAUAAGAUCCUGGGGUUGAUCAAGAUGUUCAUUUAUCCCAAACUAAGUAUGACCAUCACUUUCAUGAAAGUUCAUCAGUGACCACUGAGAUGUGGCAACAGAUGUCAUCAGCUCUGGAAUCAAUCUGGAUGUAAACUGCAUUGUGUCUGCAGAAGUCAGUAGGAUGCCUGUUGAUGUUAAUAGAGUGGUUCUAUUGUCAUAGGAUUAUUUUUCACGAACAAUGGUUACAGUCAUGUAUUGUGAAAUUCUUCAGGUGGGGACUAGUCAGCUCUUUUAUUAUUCACUCUUCUAAAUUACAAGGUUUGCAUGACUUUUUUUUUUUAAAAAAAAGAACAGAGCACUAAUAGUUCCCAGUCAUUGGAAAAAAUUACUUCUAUUCAAAGUUUUUACUAUCUGCGAGAGAAUGAAACCUCAUUGCAGAGAAGCACAUCAGCACUAGGAAGGCUUUGCUGCUCAAGCAAAGUCCCAGGCCAGACAGGAAGCCUUUUAUAGCUUUCCCUGCCCAGGGGAGAUCAGCGGUCAUCCUGGGUGGUCAGGACUGGUCCAGAGCCUGAGAAGACAUCACUGUCUAAUUGCUUUCCCAACCUGCCAUAAUGAUAGGGCAACACAUAGGGCAGCUGUGCCCAUAUAUCAAAGAUAUAGCCCUGGCACCUCCUGACAUCAUGAACCGACUCUUCUGAAAAUUGGUAGAGACUUGUCCAUUGGGGCAAAUGGGGAACUGCUCCACCAGUUUCAAUCCACUCUUGCUCAGUCACCGCCUGCUUGCCUCUUUCCUCACGACCAGCCAGGAGGUAGCUUUGCUUUCUGUUCCUCCUACUUUUGGACUCCCAGGCAGCGUGGUGCAGUGGGAGAGCCAGAGUGGUGUAGUGGUUAAGUGGACUCGUAAUCUGGUGAACUGGGUUCGCUUCCCCGCUCCUCCACAUGCAGCUGCUGGGGGACCUUGGGCCAGUCACACUUCUCUGAAGUCUCUCAGCCCCACUCACCUCACAGAGUGUUUGUUCUGGGGGAGGAAGGGAAAAGGAGAUUGUUAGCCGCUUUGAGACUCCUUAAGGGGAGUGAAAUACAGGCUAUCAAGUCCAAACUACUACUACUACUACUACUACUACUACUACUACUCUUCUUCUUCUUCUUCUUCUUCUUCUUCUUCUUCUUCUUCUUCUUCUUCUUCUUCCUGCCCUCCCUGGAGAUGCCAGGGAUUGUCUGCAUGCAAAGCAGAUCUUCUACCACUGACUUAUAACCUGACGUGGCUGGAAUGAGUGAGGGUGGUUUAUUCCUUCAGAAAUCAACCCAGAAUCAUCCCCAUUCAGUUAACUCUCCCGAUUUCUCUCCCUCCUUCUCUCUCUCUCUCUCUCUCUCUUUACACUCCCUUGUCAUUCUGACAAAAGGCAAAGUUGAUAUGUAAGUUAACGAACACCAAAAUACCAUGGCCUUGAAUAUAUGGUGGUUCAAUUGCAGAAAUGCUUCUUCCCCUGGGGGUGGUAUUGAACCUCGGGGGAAUGAGGAACGCUAGUUGGCCUUGCCCAAUUAAGCCAGUGUUAGGUGCUGAAGGAAUGAGACACCCUGACAAGAAAUCUCCUUUAGGGCGGUUUGCUCGCGUGUUGCAGGCUAACAAUGUCGGCAAGUAUAACUCCAGAUGCCAUUGUAGGAAACAUGAGAAAAUGAGAAAGCACGAGAAAGAUGGCAAUUAAUUAACUUGAAAAAUGCACCGAGAUGUUUGGCUCUCGGCCACGUCCUUUAUUGCCUUUUAGUCAUCUACCGUAUGUGGGUACUGAUAUAUGGGACAAUAAUGAAGGGAAGGGACUUUCCCCCUUCUCCUCCCCAGGGACAGGUUAAUAGCUUGUUACGGAAACAUCCCAAUUAAUCUACGUUUUGUAAAUUAGCUCAUAACUAGCGCUGUAGCUUCAGUUCCCAGCACACUAUCUCUGUACAUGCAUAAGCUCACCACGAUUCUGGUAUAUGCUUCACCAGACAGACUGGGUUGGUUUAUCGCAUGAGAAGUCUCGCUUCUGUAUCUAUGGGGAAGCAGACCAUUUUCAGUCACUGUUGCAAGCUGCAAAAAAAAAGGAUCACGCACUGGUGUUCAUUCUUAGCCAGGGAUGGGCAAUUAGUUGAUACCAUUAGUUCCUACCUCUCAAAUGAACUGGCUCUUCUCCAGCGAUAUCUGUUUUCUUCCAUGUUGCCACCUGCAGAAGAAAUGCUUAUGCUAACUGAUAUUUCAGUUUAUUUGCAUGUUUAUGUCCUUGUCUUCUUACAUUAUGUCAGUGUCAGGAGCAAGCCGACAGUAAAUCACACUGUGCCAGUUGGAGUUAACACUUGAUUAGCAAAACCGUGAUCUGCAGAGACUUGGUGGGGUGUCAGGUCUUCCUAAUGAGUACAGCAACUCAUCCCUCAUGAAAGUCUUGCCCCAUAAAGUUGAGAUGGAAGGUCCCUGCCUCCUCAUAGCCCAAGUCCCCUCCUCUCCAGGGUUUUCCCAAGCAGUCAGAGACUGUGGCAGCCAAUCUCUCCUCUGCCCUUUUCAUGCCUCUUCUGGUUCUGGCAGAUAACCGGAGAGAGGAGCUUGUUGCAGCAGGAAGCAGAAACACCCAUUACUUCACCAGCCUGACUCAUCUCUGCCUCUUGACCUCUCUCCUCCUACUCACGUGCUUCAGCUUCUGAUUCUGGACUUCUUUAGCCAAGUCCACUAAGCUGUGUUACUGCUUCAGCUCCCUCUAACCACUCAUCAUUGUCCCACUACCUCAAGGGCUCUGAGCCUUCCCCCCUUGCUGCUUCCCCCAAAGGGUUCCUCCCACCAGGAGCCCCCUCUCAGCUAAAAUUAUUCUUAUAUCCCAGAGGCGAAGGAAAAGAUCUUCUGUGAACUGUGUAUGAGACACAUAACUAGUCACAUACCCUCCCAACAUUUCUCUGAUGAAAAUAGGGACAUCCUAAGGAAAAGCGAGACAUUCCAGGAUCAAAUCAGAAACCGGGACAGCUUCUGUAAAUUCAAGACCAUCCCUGGAAAAUAGGGACACUUGGAGGGUCUGUUAUUAAUGUCAGCCCGUUCCUCUUCCCUGACAGUGCCUUCGUAACCGACGCAGGCCUAAUAAGAUGGAGAUUGUUAAACUCCUAACUAUAAAUGAUUUAAAGUGGUUUAACUCUGGGGGAAAUGAAUCUGCGAUGACAGCAUAAUUGAAGGGGAUCAGGUGCAGAGUUUCAUGGCUGUGAACGUUCGGAUUAAAGACGGGAGGAUUACGCAAAUUUAGGCCAGCAUCUAAACACCCACAGCAAAUGUGUUAACAUACACCCCGCCUCUUUAAUGAGUGAGAUUCAUUCUCAUGGGGGGGCUCAAAAGAGCUUCUAGGUGUCGCAAGCAUCCCCUUUGGCCAGAGUGAGCUAUCCUUGACAAUAUGAUAAUUAAUUGUACUCUCGGUCGUGAUCAUUUGCUUGCUGAUUUCUAGCUGCUGCACUCUGGUCUUGUUGAAAGUAAUAAUUUCUGAGCAGUUCGCUAUUGAGUGGAUAUCUUUGCAUGUUGGCACAGCUCCCAUAUGCUGCAGCAUGAAGCAUCUCUGCAUGUCAAGCAGCUGAAUUGCUGAACUUUUAUUCCAUUCCUUCCCAAUGAUUCUGGAGUGCAUCUAACAUUAGCUCUGAGACAGAGGCCACAGUUCACAGCAUACAUGGUGGAUAACCUUAGCUAAAAGGCUAUUUGACUACCAUGCACCCUGUGCAAUGCAUUCCCAGAGUGAUUUAACAAUCAAUCCCUCUUUGCAAGGAACUGUGGCACCUGUGCUUAGGGAGGGGAACAGGGGACCCCUAACAAAUCUCAGCACCCUUCACAAACUACAGCUCCCAGAAUUCUUUUGAAGAAGUUGUGGCUGUUUCAAGUGGUAUCAUAGUGCUUUAAAUGUGCAGUAGGAAUGUGGCCAGAGAGGAGAUUUGGUUGGUAAAGCACAAAUAAAAGACACUUCCCUAUGAUGGGUGGCCCUAAAAGGACAUUUUCUUUUAGAUGGAUGUGAGCGUGCACAGAUUUCAGAUUGGAAUCAGGUGGUGCAGGAGGAAGGGAGGGAGAAGGGAGAGAGGGUGAGAAGAUUAUGAACCUGCCUGUUCCCUUGGUACCUUUGGAAUCUCACUGUCAUCCCAUGAAAAUUAACAGUAUAUCCCAGAAUAUACUCAGUGUGCAUUUUGGUGAUAAGGGGUGGUUCCCCACUACUUGUCUUCUCAUUGAGGAACCAAUGAGAAGCCUCUCUGUUCCAUGGACCUUGGUGAUUAUUGGAUAUCCUACUUCAUUUGCCCCUGCCUCCCUGGUAUCUCUAGUUAAACGGGAUCAGGUAACAGGUGGUGAAAAAGACCCUCUGCCCCAAGACUUGGAAGAUCCACUGCUAAGCAAAGACAACGAAGGGUACUGUGACACCUUCAACAACAAAUGUAUGAUUGCCUAGGCUUUGUGCAUUAAGGAAAUAUCUAAUGCAGAUGAAGGUGAUUCAAAGCACCCUGGUGCAAGUUAAGGUGGCCUAAAGUUACACCAGAUCCAAACCCUGUUCAGCAGGAGGGCAGAUGCUGUUGCUCUGCUUAAGCCUGGCAGAGGGGAAACAAGCCUUUUAAAUAUUGUUCUGUGUCGGGUUGUCAUGGCAUAUGAUGGAGAUUGAAGGGCUUAAGAUCCAGCCUAAGUCCCCUCCUCCGGUCUCAGCCUCUACGUAAAAACCUCCAGUGAAGGACGUUGUGUUUUGGUUCACGUGUUCUCCCAGAAAGUGAGAAUUGGAGAGGUUUGCCUUUAAAUCUGAAUUGACUUUCUCCCCGCCAAUUGCAGAUCGACAUGCUACGUGGACGACCGUGCAAUAUUUAUCAUGUAUGUGGUUGCCUCUUUCUUUGAUGCAUUUCCCUAUGAUGUGAACAUCAAAUGUCACAUUGGCUGCUAUUGCUAAGGGGUUGAAGAGAUAUUGUAAUCAUGGGACAGAGCCCUGGGCUUGAAAUAAGACAACAGAUGGCUAUGCAUGAUCUCUAAAUAACAAUUAUUUGACAAGGGGAAGAUGGAUGGGAGCAGUUUGCUGGGCUUCCAGCAGCUCCACAUGAUGUACGAGAUAACAGGGACUCAGCUGUGUUAUAUAUAUAUAUAUAUAUGAUCAGGUGAGGGCUGCAGCAUUUGUGUCGCCAGGUAGUGUAUAGAUGACAACUGAGUAGGAGUUAUAUUGAUAUUGAUUGAUUAGCCAUACACAUGGCUAAACAGAAGUAUUGGCAUCAUUAGGCAGUCAACUAAGUUUUGAUAAACUGGCUAGACUUCUCUUCCCACCCAGAUUCCAAUGUACUUUAAUUGAAUCUCUCUCCCUUAUACACACAAGUUACCAUCACAUUAGAAGUUUGGAGUUCAGCUCCCUCCGGUUCAUUGGUUAGGUUUCCUUUAACCUCUUUGCAAGGCAUCUGGGAUUCUCCACACAUACACAGGCAGAGUCUUUGCGGGCAAAUGUGCUUUUCAGAUUGGACAGCUUUGCUUCAAUACCCCUGCUUUGUUUGGGUUGGGUGAAUGCCGUGAAAAAGUCCAGCAUGGCUGCACCCCGGCCCAUCACUGCAGCUGCAAGAUGUCGCAUUGUUGCCGCCACAAAGCCACUGGCGGGAUGUCAUGCCACAGCAUCAACAGGCACAUUAAUUGCUUCUACAGCAUUUGCCCCAGCCUCUCUCAAUAUGCCCCAUCAUCACAGCCAUCCUUAGAAGCUAGCCUGCAAUUAAGUCUGCGGUAUUGUCCUAUGUCAAGAGAUUAAAGAAGGGGUCAAACUUUCAAACCACUGAAAGUUCAUCUCCUUAACUGAAGCCUGCUCCACAUUGUGUUAGAAAACCCUUCCGAUAUCUCAGGGAUGAGCAGCGCUGGAUUUAGGUUUGAUGGUGGCGCUGUGGGUUAAACCACAGAGCCUAGGACUUGCCGAUCAGAAGGUUGGAGGUUCGAAUCCCCGCGAUGGGGUGAGCUCCCGUUGCUCAGUCCCUGCUCCUUCCAACCUAGCAGUUCGAAAGCACACCAGCGCAAGUAGAAAAGUAGGUACUGCUCCGUGGGAAGGUAAACGGCGUUUCCGUGCACUGCUCUGGUUCACCAGAAGCGGCUUAGUCAUGCUGGCCACAUGACCUGGAAGCUGUACACCAGCUCCCUUGGCCAGUAAAGGGAGAUGAGCACCGCAACCCCAGAGUCGUCUGCGACUGGACCUAAUGGUCAGGGGCCCCUUUUCCUUUAAGCUACUGAAGGUAAUGGGGCCCUUUAUACAUCCAACUGUCCUUUGUCAACAACAAAUUGUUGCUGUUUUUUGUGUUGAAUAUAUGCUAUAUGGUGAUUUAUGGUACCACUGUAUAUAGAAAUGAGCAAACCAGUGAUAUUUUAGGGAGCAGACUAGCAGGCAGGACCCAUUAUUUACAUCAUAGGAGCCUAAACAACACAAAACAUCACUGCUGUAUGUAUGUUUUAUUUUAUUUGUUUUUUAUCUUAUAUUUUGGAAAUGUACAUCCAGGUGUGUGUUUUUUUCCUUUACAUUUUUUGGGGGGCCCCAAGAGAGUGGGGCCCUAAGCUAUAGCUUGUUUAGCUUAUAUGUAAAUCCAGCACUGGUGAUGAGGUACUAAUUUGUAUUAGUGGCACAGUUUUGGAGGGGAGUAUAUGCUUUUUGUUGUGCACAAUGCUCAUUUUUUGCUAAAUUGAGUCCAAACUUCAUCCUGCUCUCCCCCCUCUGGACAUGCACCAGUGUCCAAUGUCCUUAAAAUGUUAGUGUCCUUAAAACAUUGCACUGGGACAUGGAGAUGGUAUUAUUAAGACAUUUAUACCCCACCUUUCGGUUUUAACAAAACCCACAAGGCUGCUAAUGCUUAUCUCUGUGCCCUUUAUCCUGCUUUUCCUUUUGGCAGAAACAUGCCUCUCGUUGAUUCAUGAAUCAUUUUGUUUACUGUUUCUGAGGACUUCGAAAAUUAGGGAGGAAAAGCCUUUCUGUCACACACACACACACACACACACACACACACACACACACACACAGAGCUAUUCAGUUUGCCAGUGCAGGAUCCAUUCUUGUUGUGUGUCCACCUUGUAACCUUAUCUUCAGUAACUCCCUGUGCACCAAGCAGUUAGAGAGAAGGAAAGGUCUAAAGAUUUAUCACAGUAAUUAAACCUGAACAAAGAUAAAUACCCAGUCUGUGGACUUCUAUUUGGGCAGGUACCUACAGAACCCCCCAGAGCAGAAAAGGAAGCAAUUCCAUUCUGAGGUGAUAAAUAGACAGCAUUGUCUCUUCCUACGUGGUGCAUUUCAAUGCAAUAUAUAAAUUGCUUUCAUUAAAGAUUUGCAUGGUGCAUUAAUGAGCAUCGAUGAUGAGUCGCAACUGUAGAAGGAAAUGCACAAUUUAUACAGGGGGUGUAUUUGGGGGAAAUGGGGCACAGGAAAAAGGACUUCCUCUAGGGUUUGUGGGUAUGUGAACGUUGCUGUCAACUCCAUGCAACAAGUGCAAAUUAAUUCCAUGUUAAGGCAUGCAGUUUCGUGAUUGCAUUGAUGAAUGUGUGCCUUCAAUGCAAAGAAUAAAAAUCUUGGAGGAUGUGUUUUUAUGACUAAAAAGGCCUUCAGGAGCUCUCUGAGGCUUUCAGAGUUGCAGAUAUAGAUGACUUAACAGCUGGGGACUGAAUCCAAUUAAGGGAGCAAUCUACUGGGACGAGCAGGUUAGAAUCUGGCGGAUCGCUGGCUGAGCUGGGAGGUUCCUACUGCAGCCGGACUAUGCUGGCUUAACUCCCACAACCUUUGCUCAGCCAGAGAUACACUGGGACAGUUAGGGCCAGAGGCACCAGCUUGCAAGAGCGAUUGGGGGCGGGGCCGAUGUCACAAAUGUGGCAUUCAACUUCCUGGGAUUUGGAAGGGAGAUACCAUGCCUGUGACAGGAUGCUGGAACCGUCCUGCCACCUUCCCAAAGUUGGGUGGGCUUUGGGAAGGUGGUGGGAGGGCUCUUGGACUUAUCGGAGCAUCACGCCUCCCUCCCUAAGUCGGGCAAAAGCUUCCUGGGCUUUGGGAAGGAGGCGCCAUGGGAACAUUUAGGGAACUAGCUUAGUCCCCCUAGCCAACUGACCACACACAACUGCUAAGAACAGAGAAGGUGAGGACAUGGUAUGGUGGGAGUGGGGAAGAGGCUAUAUCCUAAGCCUGUUCAACUCAGUCAUACAGCCUGGCAACCCAGCAUAAGGUGGUGAAACUCAGACACUAUUUUAAGUGUUAACGGAGAAAUCUGAGGGCUUCCUUGGACAAAAAACAAGGACAUCAGCCAGGAAUACCAGAGCAAAACAGCAGCCAGUAGGCUUGGUCUUUAUUGAAGACUGUCGCGACACGACUCCCACCUGCCACAAGGUGGAACAAGAUGGAAGCCCCAAACAAAAGAGCACCCAAACUUUUAUUAGCUGCUAAUCCCCAUGUUACAUCUCCCCAAACUACAUCACUCAUACACCAUGGUUACAUCAUGAAAGGGGAGGUCUGGUGGCAGUAAUCUGAGCAUCCUGGACCCUGCCCCAUGGUUCUCCUUGCCCUCCACCAAACACUCAUCAAGUGUAACAAAAGAGAUAUUUACAUUUCCCUGUUUCCCAGCCAAGUUAAUCACACCCUUUUGUCUUCAUCUGGGUUUGUUAUUUCUAGAAUGGCGGGCUACCUGUCUGGCACUCAGGUAUCAGGAUGCCAGGAAUUGUCACUCAGGUAGAAGGGCUGCGGAGUAGCUGAGCUCACAUGUCUAUAUGAAUUUCUGAAGUUUUCCCAGUGAGCCAGUAUGUUAUGUACUGAGUGAAUAGGAUCCAAAAUGCAGCAGUCUGAUUGGUCCUAGAACAAUAGGAUCCAAAAUGCAGCAGUCUGAUUGGUCCUAGAACAAUAGGAUUCAGAAUGCAGCAGUCUGAUUGGUCCUAGAACAAUGCAGCAGUAUGAUUGGUCUGCAGGAGCCACCCAAUCCGGCUCCAGAUGGAAGUGAAUCCACAACCUAAUUGGCCUACAGGAGAAUUCUGGAAUUAGCCAAUCACGUGCAGCCCAUUGUGUAAAUAAUGUAUAUAAAGCAGAUACUUUGAGAGGACAUUCACUCCUCCUCACCACUAUGAGCUGAAUAAAGAGCAUGAAAUCCACUCUCGACUCAGAGUAUAUUUCACAGUACAUAGAUACAUUUAUCAGUAAAUUCUUACAUUUGGUAUUGUGCAGUAGAGGCCCUCUGAAUAGAUAGGAAGAAACUGUGAUGAAGUGUUUUGUGGGGACAAAUCACAAAAGUGAUUGUGCUGAUUUUGGUAGUGGGCUGCAUGUGCAUGAUAUCUGCUGGAGGGGCACCCCCCCACACCCUAUACAUAAAUUCCUGCAACAUAAGGACUUGUUUUCUCUCUGCAAGGCUUAAGCCAGUUAAAUCAGCAGUAACCAGAGUUUGGGUCACUGUAGCUUUAUACCAGAUUAUUGUGUCUAGAAUUGCUUCCCAAGUUUUAUUCUGAGUAGUGGAGUGGGUGGCGCUGUGAUCUAAACCACUGAGCCUUUUGGACUUGCUGAUUGGAAAGUUGGCAGUUCGAAUCCGCACGACAGGGUGAGAUCCCUUUGCUCUGUCCCAGCUUCUGCCAACCUAGCAGUUCAAAAGCACACCAGUGCAAAUAGAUAAAUAGGUACCGCUCUGGCAGGAAGGUAAACAGCAUUUCUGUGUGCUCUGGUUUCCGUCACGGUGUCCCGUUGCACCAGAAGCAGUUCAGUCAUGCUGGCCACAUGACCUGGAAAGCUGUCUGUGGACAAACACUGGCUCCCUCGGCCUGAAAAGCGAGAUGAGCGCUGCAACCCCAUAGUCACCUUUGACUGGACUUAACCAUCCAGGGGUCCUUUACCGUUUUACCUACAUGGAGUAGACCCACUGAAGUUAAUGGACUGAAGCUAAUCAUGCCAGUGGGUCAACUCUCAGUAUGACAGUGCCCUAAACUGAAGCCAUUUGGGCAUGUAAGUCAUAUAUUAAUGAAUGAAUGAAUGAAUUAAGAAUGACUUACACUGGAUGCAACUCUAUCGCUUUUCAGUCCGGCAGUGUCUCCAGAAUGGCAAUUUUGUGUGUUGUGCCUUUUAUCACACUAUAAUCAAGACUGCCUUAGCCAUCUCAUUUCAGAUGAAAUCCAUGAGAACCAUGCAGUAUUUCUCUAGGAAAAGAGCAAGAUCAAAUUGUGGCAGCUGAGUGAGCAAGGGAAGAAAUGGAUCUCCUUGAAUCAGUUCAUGGAAGUUCACAAAAAGGGGGGGAAAGGAAGUGAUCCUCUUCCCUGCAGAAAAUUUGAUCUUUUCAUCCCACUUUGUUUUUUGCUGGCUCAGGUGUUCCACUGGACACCCAAGAAAUGAACAAAAUAAAGCAUAAUCAUAUAUGGAAAUAGGUGAAGCACUUAUUCUAAGGCUUUCUAAAUGACCUUCGGAAAGUAGAUACCAAAACCCUGAAGAGAUCUCAGUAAACAAGACGAGCUAUUCAUAAAACGAAAUGCCAGCCCUGCUGUCACCAUGGUGACUUAAUCACUUCAACACCCAAACUUUGUAAAUAGCAGGGUUUACUGGCAGACAAUAGCUCCAUCACAGCAUCCCAUGAGAAUGCCAAUUUACGGCUACCUUCACCAUUCACGAUUUUUCUUUUUUAUCUAUAUUCUGAGCAUACUGUGGUGAAUGCUUUGAUAAAUUGCACCUAAAAGUUUGUUUUCUGACAACUUUACAUUGCAAUUUCCAGGGAAGUGUCUGCACGAUCUCUUGUCUAGUUGAUACGGGUGUCGGGUAAACAACUAAAGUAUAUGGCUAUUAGAAUAAAAUGUAACCCAUGAGGUUGUGUGUACAUAAAUCUGAGUGCAUGUAUAUAUCCCAAAAUAAAAGGAAAACAACUCUCCAUAUUUGCCUGUAGCCAAGUUUUGUCGUUGGCUGUAGCUCAACCAUGGACCUGAGUUAAGAUGGCAUGCUAAGUUAGCUGAGUUAGCUCAGCAUAGUGCACAAGUAAAAAGUUAUUAUUAAUUAUUAUUAUUAUACGGCCCUGUACCCAGGGGUCUCAGGGUGGUUCAUAGAAUAAAAUCAAGCUAUAAAACCACAAAAUACCUAAUUAAAAAUAAAAGUGACCCAAUAGCCCCCCCAAAAAAAACAUUUUGAAAGGGCAUAGGAUGUAAAUCAGAUCAAGCAAAGGCCUGGUUAAAAAGGAACGUUUUUGCCUGGCACUUAAAUGUGUACAAUGAAGGCACCAGGUGAACUUCCCUGGGGAGAGUAUUCCACAGACGGGGAGCCACUGCAGAGAAGGCCCCGUUCUUGUGUUACCACCUUUCAAACCUCUUGGGGAGGAGGCACACAAAGGAGGGCCUCAGAAGAUGACCUCAGGGUCCAGGUAGGUUCAUAUGGAAAGAGGCUGUCCUUGAGGUAUUGCGGUCCUGUUUUAUGUUUGAAUAGGCCCAGGGCCCAUGAGGAAUGGUUGCCUCAGGAGGCAAACUGGGGACAUCUGAGGGAGGAGACAGCAGAGGUAGAUUUAGGGGAGCAUGACUGGUUCAUUUGCACUGGACACAGAGCCUCGGGGGUGCCGCAAGGGAUGCUGCACCAAUGAUUUGUAACAGAGUACAAGAGGCAGGGUGCGCCAAAUUUUGGCAUCCCACAGGAUGCUGCUGAAAUUUGAGACCUGCCACUGGUGGCAGAUCCACAUCCCUAGAGGUGUGCCUUUUGCUGCCUCAAGCUUAUGGUCUACUGGCUCCUCCUCUUCUGCCAGAGCUUCUCUGAACCACCUCCAUUCACCUCAUGCAGUAGCAGCAGAUGGCUGAUGAGGGGAGGGGUGCCAUUUUUUUGUUUUGCCACAAGCGGCAAAAUAUCCUGGGCUGGCCCUGAAUAGGCCAUAUGCAUUUUGGAACCCUGAUUUCCCAGGGUUAGCAAGGCACUAUUAACUAGACUAUUCCACAUGUUAAAGAAAGGAUCCUUCUAUUGUUGUUCUGGGAGGAAAUCAAGAAGUGUGUGUGUGUGUGUGUGUGUGUGUGUGUGUGUGUGUUUAGAGUAAGUGCACAUUCACACUGUGCAUUUAAAGCACUACAAUACCACUUUAAACCAUCAGGGCUUCCCCCCCAAAGAAUUCUGGGAGAUGCAGUUUCUGAAGGCUACUGAGAGUUGUGAGGAGGUCCCUGUUCUCACAGAACUAUGAUUCACAACUAUCCAUCCCCUGCCACAGGGAAUUCUAGGAAUUGUAGCUCCAUGAGGGGAAUAGAUGUCUCGUAAGAGUUCUAAGUACCCUUAGCAAAAUAGCUCCCAGAGUUCUUUGGGAUAAGGGGCACAACCCUGGCAGUUAUCACCAAACAGAGUGUUUUUUCAGUAGAACUGCUGAAGUGGUUCACACCGCCUCUAUUCUUUAGUCAUCACUCUAAUUAAUGGAUGAAUUAUUAAAAGGCCAGGCUGUCAGGUUGCUGAUUAAAUACCUUUGAUUUUACAUCAGUCACAGGCGAAACCGAGUGAUGGCUACAUUUCAAAUAAAGUGAACUGCCUCCAACCCAUACCAAUUAUCUCAGACUUCCUUCUUUCCAUGUGAAUGAGGAACAGGUGCCUUUAAUUAAAAAUUGUUUCCUCUGAAAAUGUCCCUCUGUUGCUGUAUAAACACUUAAAAAUAUCACUUAGCAUUGUGGGCGCAAAUCAAGACGUAGAAAUGCAAUUAUUAUAAGCUGUAGCAUUGUUUCUAAUUUAAUUUACUUCAGAGCAAUCCUAACUCUGGUUGGAAAAAAGGAGUCAGUUGGAAAAAGAAGAGGGCAUCCACAACCACACCCAAAAUCUUCCAGGACAGAAGGGGAGGCUUUUGUUGUUGUCGUUUAGUCGUUUAGUUGUGUCCGACUCUUCAUGACCCCAUGGACCAGAGCACGCCAGGCACUCCUGUCUUCCACUGUCUUCCACAGUUUGGUCAAACUCAUGUUAGUAGCUUCGAGAACACUGUUCAACCAUCUUGUCCUCUGACAUCCCCUUCUCCUUGUGCCCUCCAUCUUUCCCAACAUCAGGGUCUUUUCCAGGGAGUCUUCUCUUCUCAUGAGGUGGCCAAAGUAUUGGAGCCUCAGCUUCAGGAUCUGUCCUUCCAGUGAGCACUCAGGGCUGAUUUCCUUCAGAAUGGAUAGGUUUGAUCUUCUUGCAGUCCAUGGGACUCUCAAGAGUCUCCUCCAGCACCAUAAUUCAAAAGCAUCAAUUCUUCGGCGAUCAGCCUUCUUUAUGGUCCAGCUCUCACUUCCUCUCUCAAGGGGUUUCCAAGUGUCUCCAAUCUGGGCACUGACCAGACUCAGAUCUGCUCAGCUGUCACAGACCUUUGUUGGCAAGGUGAUAUCUCUGCUUUUUAAGAUGCUGUCUAGGUUUGUCAUUGCUUGGCAGGGGCUGGUUAAAUCCACAUUUAUUUAUUUAUUUAUUUAUUUGCUCUGCUGCAGUAGUGUGUCAUGUCAUGGCCCUGGAGUCUGAUUCAUUGCCUUCAGGGGAAGUGGGUCAGAGGACUCUGAAGGAGAAAGGGAAGGGCAUGCAAGGCCAGCCCCAGAAGUGCCGUCCCCACACCUGAGGAUAUGGCACUACCAUCCUCUGACUCAAAGGACUCCACUGUGGAAGGCCUGAGCCCCCUCUUCCCAUUACAGGAGGAAGUUAUUGUAACAGAGAAGGGGCCCUUUAAGCAGGGCAGCAUCCUGUGGCACAGGUGGGCCUAACAAUAAGACUAUGCCUGCUGUUACUACUUCAGUUCCACCUUGCUUCUUGCUGGAGCAACUUGAAAGCUUUUUGUCCCCUCAGAGUGGGGCUAUGGCCUUGCCACCUGAACCUCAUCUAACUUGUCCCACCUUGCCUAGCCUUACACCCUAGUUGGACCUCCUUGUUUUACAUCCUAACUGGACCCUGCUGCACCACAGAGCACAGCGUGGAAAAGCCUAGAUAGGUACAUUUUCUGGGAAGAACUUAGGAUCCAUCAGAUCCUUGGCCUGCUCAUCUCUUCCCAGGCCCCCCACAAUCCCCCAUCUCAGUGCCUUCUGCCUAUUGGCAGCAGAAAAAAUUGGCAGAGUGUGUGUGUUGCCUUUGCUACCUUAUCCACAAGAGCUACUGCACAACACCACCAGCAGCACUGGAGGUGGAUGAUUUCUGGGUCCUAAUUGCUUCCAGACUCAUGUUUCCAGGGUUAGGAUUGUGACCUUUGUCACUUUACGUGAAAUUUGCUAAGGGUCUGCAUGCCUGAGGGAAGACAGAAGCAAGAGAGACCAGAGACCACAUACGAUAAACUCCUCACAGAACCAUCUAUGGUCUGAGAGACCUAUUGGGACAACUGCUCCUCCACCGUCCCUGGCACUGCCUUAUACAGAAAAAAAGCUGCCUUAUACAGAGUCAGACCAUUGGUUCAUCUAGCUCAGUAUUGUCUACAAUGUCAGUGGUGUCCAAACUUUUUUCAAAGAGGGCCAGAUUUGAUGAAGUGAAGGCCCGUGAGGGCCACCCAAAGGGCCAACCAAAGUUGACCUUUUUUUAGGAUUGAAGUUGUUGAGGGUUUUUUUUUUUUUUUAGGAUUCUUUUAUCCCAGGAAAUAAACUGCCACAGGGGCCAAAUUAAACCAACCGGUGGGCUGGAUUGGACCCCCAAAAAUGGACUUUGGACAUGUCUAGUCUACACUGAGUGGCAGCAGCUCUCCCAGCAGGUGUCUCUCCCAGUCCUACCUGGAGCUGCUAGGAUUGAACCCAGUACAUUUUCGGGCACAUUUCAAAGUGUUGGUGCUGACCUUUAAAGCAGUAAAUGGCAUUGGCCCAGUAUACCUGAAGGAGCGUCUCCACCCCCAUCAUUCUGCCCAGACACUGAGGUCCAGCUCUGAGGGCCUUCUGGUGGUUUCCUCAGGGCAAGAAGCGAAGUUACAGGGGACGAGGCAGAGGGCCUUAUCGGUAGUGGCGCCCGCCCUGUGGAAUGCCCUCCCAUCAGAUGUCAAGGAAAUAAACAGCUAUCUGACUUUUAGAAGACAUCUGAAGGCAGCCCUGUUUAGGGAAGCUUUUAAUAUUUGAUGAAUUAUUGUAUUUUAAUAUUUUGAUGGAAGCUGCCCAGAGUGACUGGGAAAACCCAGCCAGAUGGGUGGGGUAUUAAUAAUAAUAAUAAUAAUAAUAAUAAUAAUAAUAAUAAUACCUGGGACCUUCUGCAUGCAAGGUAGAUGACUCUAUCACUGAGCUACAACCUUUCCCCAGUCACAAUCCUUACCAUUAAAAGGAAGUCGAAUAGUCUAAGGAACUAAUGGAUUGCUGGAAAUGUUGGGGAGAUGCUUCCAAAUUUAUAGACCUAAAAUCCCCCCAACUUUCUAACUAUCAGUCGACAAGGGGUAAUUUUUUAAAAAAAGCACAUUAGAAAUAAAUGUGCCAUCAGCCUAAAUUGUGAUUACUGCCUUCGUUGUGCCGCUACGGCUGAAAACAAUAGCUCAGACAAUUAGUAGCUGAAAGGCCUGAACUCACUGUAGCGGCAAAGCAUUGUGUGUCUUGGAGCAGUGGCAAUGACUUUCUAUUACGGAGCUAACCUUGACAUUUCUGCAUUUAGAGGCAGCCCUGACAAAGCUGACGGAGAACCGGCUGCAGAGAGAGGCUGCCUCAGAGCUAAUGCUGGGUGUCAAAAGUUCAGUAGCGUAGAAGAGUCAGUCAGUGGGGAAAUGGGAGGAGAAGACAAGAUAGUGGGAGAGGAGAAUCCGUAAUAUAAUAACUGAGAUGCAGUUAUGUCUUCUGGCAGGAGGAGGGCUCUGGUGCAGUAGCUACCUCCUUUUUCUCAACUUAUUUUCUAGUGUGGGAAUAAUAAUAAAUAAUAAUAAUAAUAUAAUUUAUUGUUUAUACCCCACCUAUCUGGCUGGGUUUCCCCAGACACUCUGGGCAGCUCCCAACAGAAUAUUAAACAGAAUAAAGCAGCGAAGACUACCAUCACUUUUUAAAUAUAUUUAUUACAUUUUUGUCCCACCUUUCUUUCCAAGAGCUUAAAGCAGCGCAUGUAAUUCUCUCCAUUUCCAUUUUAUCCUCACAACCCUCUGGGGAAAGUGCCUGGCCCAUGUUCAGCCAAUGAUGAUAGAUCACGGUACCACUUUUGAAGACUUAUUUGUGAAUUGCUCCAAUCAAUUUUUUGCUUUUGUCUGUUUGUUUGCGAUCAUAACAGAGAAAAAAAAGAUUCAUAUGUGUAACUUGCUCUGAGUCACAUCUCUGCCCUGCCUUAUUCCACUUAAUCAGAUCCACCAGGCUUGCCUGUUACUCUCUUGAUUUGAACAAUCUCUGUCGAAAGGAAAUCAGGAAGUUUCUCUGCCACUGUUUUAAUAGAAAAUUGAGAUUUACUUCUUUUUAAAGCAUAGUGACUUUGAGCCACUUUUGUUUCCAUUUUAGCUGGCCAAUAAUUAUAAUGCCUGCUGCAAUUUUUCUUACUGUAUUUUCCAGAGAUCAUCUACAGCUGGGUAUUUAAUGAAUUCCCCUCCUUUGUGGCAGAAGACAGCCGGCGCUUUAUCUCCCAGGAAACGGGCAAUCUCUACAUUUCCAAAGUACAGCCCUCGGAUGUAGGCAGCUAUAUCUGCCUGGUGAAGAACACGGUGACCAAUGCGAGAGUGCUUAGCCCACCCACACCGCUAACCCUUCGAACUGAUGGUAAGCUGCCUUGGUCUCGAAGUCGAAAUGUAUUGGGCCUGUGCUGGUCCCGGGGGGAGGUUUCCGUGAGGCGUGGUCAGAGUCCGGUCCUGGGUCAAGGGUCUGGAGACAGUCCACAAAGGGCGAAGCGGGGUCCGAAGCAAGAAGCCGGGCGUGGUCGGGAACUCCGGAAGAACAGGUCUGGGUGCUGGCAGAAGCAGGUUUCCAACGACAUUGCUCCCGCAACCUGGGACCGGGCUGACUGGCCUUUAUCUCCUCUGAGGCCAGGGGCGGUCCCGGCCCACAGGUGACCCGCCUCUCCUGGCCUUAAGGCGAACACUCCUCCUGAGAGAACCCAGUUCCCUCCGCCUCUCUGCCUAAGCCUCUGCAGCUCAGGAGAGGAUGGAGGGUUACUGGACCCAGGGGCAGCUUCAUCUUCCCAUGACAGGGCUGGGAGAGGCACACCUGCAGGCAAUGGGUCCUCAAUCACCUCCGGAGCCAGAGUGGAUGCAUCUGGUGUCUGCUCCUGAGGAUCCGGCACAGGUGCAGGCCCUUCAGAUUCAAGCCCCUGCCCCAGCUCAGCCGGCCCUGGAGGCGGGGACUCCUGUGCAGGCUGGGACUCCUCAGAUUCAGCUUCUGAAUCAGAUUCCCAGGCCAUCACAGAGCCCCUUACACACACACACAUACAUGCAUAAACAUGCUGCCUUGCCCCCGCAGUGGAGGGAGCCGGGGUCAUGAAAUGUCAGCAUGCUCCGUGGCAUGUGUGCAUGACACCAGCACGCCCUGUGGUGUCUUGCUGAUGUCAUGCGCACACCCUGCUGGGCAUGCUGACAUGUUGUGCCACAUGUGAUGUACUCAGAUGUGAGUAAUAAAGCCAGGAGCGAUAAACCUUAAGUUUCUUUCAUGCCAUAUUUACUUCGCCACUCUGCUGUGCUGCAUACAGUGGUACCUCGCAAGACGAAUGCCUCGCAAGACAAAAAACUCACUAGACGAAAGGGUUUUUUGUUUUUUGAGCUGCUUCACAAGACGAUUUUCCCUAUGGGCUUGCUUCGCAAGACGGAAACGUCUUGCAAGUUUGUUUCCUUUUUCUUAACACCGUUAAUACAGUUGCGACUAGACUUUGAGGAGCAACUCAUAGAACACGGUGCGGUAGCCUUUUUUGAGGUUUUUAAAGACUUUGGUGAUUUUUGAAGCUUUUCCAAAACUUUCCUGACACCGUGCUUCGCAAGACGAAAAAAAUCGCGGAACGAAUUAAUUUCGUCUUGCGAGGCACCACUGUAUUCCAUACUCUAAUGUGGGAGAGGUGUUGCUCCUUAGAGUUGAAACUAUUAUUGCUUCAAUUCUUUUGUAUUUCCACUCCAGGACCUUUGGGUGGGUCUAUAUAUACAGUAAAUAAAUAAAAUAAUAUACCGUAUUUUUCCGUGUAUAAGACUAUAUUCCCCCCUAUUUUUUCAAGUUUAAAAUUCAGGGGUUGUCUUAUACACGGAAAGUGCAUAUGGGGGAUUUCUUUAUUUGGAGUCCCAAAAAAUAGGUGUCGUGUUAUACACGGGGGCAUGUUAUACACGGAAAAAAUACGGUAUCGCUGGGCUAGAUGUUCAAACACUCUGACGUGGUCAAAGAAAGCUUCAUAUGUGUGCACAAUAGACAUUCAUUUUAAAUUAAACAUGUUACUGUGCAUGCAUGAUUGUUGGCACCAUUCCCAUUUUCUUGAUUUCAAGAAAACGUAUUUAGGAUCAGGAAAUAAGAUUACUUUCAGUGACUGCUGCUCUUUCAGAAACCCAUUUGAGCAGUCCUCUCUCUCUCUCUCUCUCUCUGUCUGUCUGUCUCUCACACACACAAACACAUAAGCUCAUAGGAGUAAGCAUUAAACAAAGCCAUAAAACAUGCAAACACAGCAAGGAACUUGCUCAGGCUUAUAAAUAUUUGAGCACUGUGAGAACAUUACAAAGUCUAGGCUUUAAGAAAGAUCAUUUGAUUUGUUACAGUAUAUAUUCAUUCAGAGCUUAGCCUGGAAUUAAGUUGAUCUUUGUUCAUUACUGCAUGGCUGGAAAGUUUCCAUGUUUGCACAGCGUGAAUCCUGCAUAAGAAGUACAUUCUUCUUGUACUUCAAGCCAUAGCAGUUUGUUUUGCUUUGGCAUCCUCCUAAAUUUACCCGUCGUGGUAGUUCAGCAGUCGACAAAUGUUAUCUGACAUUAUCUAGGCUAAGCCCCACUUUCCUUUUUUAAGACACUGAACACAAUUUCCAAAAGAACUCACAUUUCUGUUUGGUCAUACCCACAAAUGCAUUGCAUUCUAUUCUCUUCAAAAACAUGGGUUUUGUUGACCUACAGCCUAUAGGAAACAUGAGCUUCAUGCACCAGUGGUGAAUCUUCACACAUUGCAUUUUUCCAAUGUGUGUGUCUCCGAGCACAUUUUUAUUAUGUAUUAUGUGGCUUUUAUAUUGUGAUUUUAUGUUGCAGCCACCCUGAGACCUACAAGUUGAAUGAAUAAAAAUCAAUGAAGCACAUGUUUCUUUCAUUCACACAUUACAUUUUUAGAUAUCCUAAACAGGAAAUGUGUGAAUGACAGAAAAAUGUGCUUGAAGAAACAUGUAUCACGCAAGUGCACAAUUUGUUGCAGGGAAUUGUUCAGUGGUCCACUAGUUAGUUAGUAAAUCCUGGUUUGUUGCCACAUGAUGUGUGAAAUGGUCCACAGGCUCUGUACUGUACAUAGAAGAGCUGUAAAGGUAAAGGGACCCCUGACCACUAGGUCCAGUCGUGGCCGACACUGGGGUUGCGGCACUCAUCUCGCUUUAUUGGCCAAGGGAGCUGGCGUGCAGCUUCCGGGUCAUGCGGCCAGCAUGACUAAGCCGCUUCUGGCGAACCAGAGCAUCGCACGGAAAUGCCGUUUACCUUCCCGCUGGAGCGGUACCUAUUUAUCUACUUGCACUUUGACGUGCUUUUGAACUGCUAGGUUGGCAGCAGCAGGGACUGAGCAAUGGGAGCUCACCCCUUCACGGGGAUUCGAACCGCUGACCUUCUGAUCGGCAAGUCCUAGGCUCUGUGGUUUAACCCACAGCGCCACCCGCGUCCCAGAAGAGCCAUAGUCUAUGGCCAAAGAAGAUGAGAUGAUGAUGGUCAAUGAUGGGAUAACCCAUCCUGCUAUUUUUAGUUAGCAAUAUGCAACCAGGAGUAUGUGGGAACUUAAACAGGAUAUUGGGGAAGGGAUAGAUUUAACUUUCCCUCCUGCACACCCCCCACCCCCAUGAAAACCACCCACUGGAAGUAAUUAUUUGCCUCCUUAGGGGAAAUGUGCAUGUGCCCUAUAACGCCCCAAUGAGGUUAUUUAAUUUGGGGAAAUGACUGUUUCGAACACAAGUUUAUGAAGGAUGCAGUCACAGGUCUCAACUAUCUCCUCUAAUUGUGCCCUGAGAGGAAAUGCAGUACGUUUGAGAAAUUCGAUUCACAGCUUCUCAGAUGACAGGGCUGGAAGAACUCUUGAGAGCUUCUUCUUAGUAAUGGCAGGCUACCACUCUGAUAUAGGACGGUUUGGUCUGUCAAUUUCAGAUUCUCUUAGUUUCUCACUUUCCCAGUCAAGUUCAGCACCAAUUUGCAAUUUUUAAGAAAGUUCAUCAACAUUCUUUAGUCUAUGUUUCUCUUAACAUAUGUAUUUUUGCAUGCAAUUUUCCCCGGUACAAUGCAUUUUUCAUUUAGAGAAGCAUUACUUUCAUUUAGAUAAGCAUUUUCAGACACUCUUUCCCCUAAUAUACACAUUUUUGCCUGUGCAUGUGUUUUGGUCUGAGAAUUGCCUACUGAAAUUCAGAGAAGUAUGCGUUUCAAAGGACAGUUGCAUACAAUUUUGCCGAUUGAUUCAGAAAAAUGCAGAUGUAUUUCCAUUCAAAUGCAAACUGAACCUAAUUUAUUUCCUAUCCUUAGCUCCAUUUUUCAAAUACUGGUAUAGGGAGUUGUUGUUGAUGUUUUUUAGUCAUUUAGUCGUGUCCGACUCUUCAUGACGCCAUGGACCAGAGCACGCCAGGCACUCCUGUCUUCCACUGUCUCCCGCAGUUUGGUCAAACUCAUGCUGGUAGCUUUGAGAACACUGUCCAACCAUCUCAUCCUCUGUCAUCCCCUUCUCCUUGUGCCCUCCAUCUUUCCCAACAUCAGGGUCUUUUCCAGGGAGUCUUCUCUUCUCAUGAGGUGGCCAAAGUAUUGGAGUCUCAGCUUCAGGAUCUGUCCUUCCAGUGAGCACUCAGGGCUGAUUGCCUUCAGAAUGGAUAGGUUUGAUCUUCUUGCAGUCCAUGGGACUCUCAAGAGUCUCCUCCAGCACCAUAAUAUAGGGAGUAGGUACGCUCAAUGCAUAUUGUGACCUGCCCACAGAGACCCACACCUAUGCAGUUCAUCAGUGUAGGCAAAGGGGAUCUCCAAUUUGCCUAGAGCAAAGCUUUCCAUCUUCUUCCCAGGUUGUUUGGGUCCCAUUCCUUCUGUUCAUGCAAGUGAGAAAAGCAAGUUCCAUCCAUCCAGAAGCUGAUGAGGGCUACAAAGUUUUCUCUGUUGAUACGAAUUUAUCUUGGCAAUGCAUGUGCUGUAGUUUGAGAAGUAUCUAGAAUUCAUGUGAUAAAUGGAAAAGAACCUGUUUACUGGACAGGCUGCCAGAAACACUGUGAUAAUUUGCUUGGAUUUGUUAUAAGCAGUGAAGGGUUUUGCUUGCGUUGCUAGCUUCAGUCCCUAGAGCAAUCACAUCAUUCCAUGAACUCGCCAGCCACCCUGUUUUCAUGUUGCAUUAAUAAUCUAUAUCAUCAUACCCAAUUCAGGACUUGUGUGUGUGUAUACCAUAGAGAUGUGGUUUAGAUUCCCCAUUAGAACACCUAAGACUGUAACUUUUACAAAUUUGCUCUUGGUAAUUCGGUUGCUACCUGUCAGUCUGAGAGUCCUCAUUAGCUAUUGGCUAUGCUUCUGUGAUCUCACAGAAGCCUAGAAUGGGGAUCGGAAGGUAGAAGAAGGUGGGAGGUGCUGACUGAGGAAAAGACCAAAAUAAAGUAGAAUAGUCUGACUGUAUUUAUUGAUCACUGGGUAAUUGAUCAUUGAUUCCUUCCAGGAGGAAAAGACUGUCGUCAAAGUAAAGACAAAAAAGGACUGGGGAGAAGAAGGAGGCAGGAAGCCAUAGGUAGAGGGAAACAGCAAGGGUUUUAGCAAAGAGUGGAAGAAACAAAGGAAUAAGGAAAUGAUGGCUGGAGUAGGGUAACCAGACAUCCCCAUUUCCCAGGGACAGUCCCCGGAUUUGCAAAUAAGUCCCCGGACAAAUUCCAUCCCUGAAAUGUCUACGGAUAUCAUCUAAUGUCCCCAGGAAAUGCAGCAGUGGCAGUCUCAGCAGCCUGGAACAGUUGGCUCUGGCUGGCUUCAGGAGCUGCUCAGAAGUCCCCAUAUGAUGGUGGUGCAGGGGCUCUAAGCUUCAGCUUCUGGGCUGCCUCCACCUUCCCUGACCCCAGCAACAAAGCUGUGAAGGGAGACUUCACACUGCCUACAGAGCUUGCAUGCAAGCAGGAGGGGGCAGGGAUCUCUCAGUUAGGCAAUGGGAAGCCUCCCUUCCCAGCUGAGGGAUCCCCACACCCUCCGGCUUGCACGCAAGUAGGAAUGGGAUUGGGGCUGCUCCGGUGGGAAGGGAGGCAUUGUGCUGCCCGAGCCUUGCUGCUGCCACUGCUUUCAGCCCUCCUUCUCCGCCUUCCAUGCCUGACCCACUGUGGACCACUUCCCCACCACCACCGAAGAACCAACAACUCAGGGGCUGCCCAGGUUCAUGGAGAAAGGAGAUAGAAGCCUCGGAGGAAGGGGAAACAUGGCAGUUGAGGUCAAGGCGGUGGCCGUCCCUCUGCCACUGCCAUUGCUGCAGCAUCAACGUCCUGAAUGUGUAGUAAUUAAUUAAUUAAUUAAUUAAAGUGUCCCCAAAUUCAUGGAAAAAAAUCUGGUAACCUUAGGCUGGAGGAGACCAGAGUGUUGAGGGAAGGAAGGAUGACUCUGAGCCAAAUGAGGCUGAAGGAGUAAGACAGGUGCAAUUGGAAAUAAGCCUGUGACAUUGGUUCAGUGUGCAUGAUGUCAUGGAAUGUUCUGAAAGAAAAGAAUUCUUUCAGGACCUAGGUUCAGAGGAAGGACACCUUAUUUGUCCUUGGCUAGCAAUGACAAACCUAGACAGCAUCUUAAAAAGCAGAGACAUCACCUUGCCAACAAAGGUCCAUAUAGUUAAAGCUACGGUUUUCCCAGUAGUGAUGUAUGGAAGUGAGAGCUGGACCAUAAAGAAGGCUGAUUGCCGAAGAAUUGAUGCUUUUGAAUUAUGGUGCUGGAGGAGACUCUUGAGAGUCCCAUGGACUGCAAGAAGAUCAAACCUCUCCAUUCUGAAGGAAAUCAGCCCUGAGUGCUCACUGGAAGGACAGAUCCUGAAGCUGAGACUCCAAUACUUUGGCCACCUCAUGAGAAGAGAAGACUCCCUGGAAAAGACCCCGAUGUUGGGAAAGAUGGAGGGCACAAGGAGAAGGGGAUGACAGAGGAUGAGAUGGUUGGACAGUGUUCUCAAAGCUACCAGCAUGAGUUUGACCAAACUGUGGGAGACAGUGGAAGACAGGAGUGCCUGGCGUGCUCUGGUCCAUGGCGUCACGAAGAGUCGGACACGACUAAACGACUAAACAACAACAACAAGCUUUGCUGAGGGAAAUGGAACAGUGUUCUCUUUGGAAGAUCACCUAACUCAUUCAAGUCUGCUGUUUGUGGGGAAAGGUUGCAUAGAUAUGUGGAGAGCAAGAUUUGAAGCAAUCCAAUUACAGUAAUCCCGCCUGUGAAUUGGAAUCUUCAUGGACUACUACUUCCCAUUCAGAAUUCUCGACUGUGGGCAACACCCUGGGAUUUGGCAUCUUAUGACAAGAAAGCUCCCCAGACAACAUGUCUAUAUAUUUAUCUUCAUUGAGGCAGCUGAAUAAUAUUAUAGUUUUAUGUCAGAUCCUGCAAGAGUGUAGGAAUUCACUUGUCUUUAUAUUAAUCUUUUAUUUCCUUAGAGCUCUGCCUCAAAGGGAAACUUAUCUCCUUGAUACGAAGCAAAUUAAAUAAAAACAUCAAGAAAUCCUUGAAUGGAUUCUGAAUAAAAUGAAUACCUCAUUUGUGCAGAUGUCCUUGACAAUCAGUCAUUCCAUACAAUUCAAUUUCGCUUUGCGCAGACUUACAAAAACAAUUUAAAAUUCUAUCUGAGGAGAUAAAAAGUUUCACCAAGAAGAAAAAAAAAUAGAUUGUGCAUCAUUUCAUUAACUGCCUUUUACAAUACCUUAGAAACUCAGAAGAAUUAUUUAAUAAGUGUUUACAAGCAGGAGAAAGAGGCAUUGUUAGGAGGCAGCUUUGGAGUCUCAGUUACCAAUUGGAAGUAGUAAAAGAAAAUCAACAACUGUUUUUGCAGGUGUGGGGUGUGUGUGUGUGACACAGGCAACUUCCUCAAACUCAGAGAGCUUAAAAUAUUUGUUGAUUUGUAAUAAUGCACAGCCAUUUUUGGCUCAUAUCUUUUUUCAAUACUUUUUCUCCUUCCUAUGUGAUAAAUAAAAACAAUAUUGAUUACAUGCUAUUUAUUUCUAACAAAUUAACGGAGCCACUCAAAGGCUGGUAUGAUUUACAACUGAGGUAGCCUUCUAUGGUGCCUUCUGGCUGCUUUGGACUACAACUUCCAUCAGUCUUGUCCACUGGCCAUGUUGCCUGGGGCUGAUGGGAGUUGGAGCCCAAUAGCAUCUCAUGGGCACUGAAGUAUAGGUGAGUUCCCACAAGGCAAGGCACAGUAAUAACAGCAAGAACCUUUACUGAACUAACAGAACUCGACAACAGGGGCAAAGCAACUGCUUAUAUACAUUUCUGAAGGCCUGGGCCACUCCCACUCUCAACGUGAUUGGCUGUCUAAACUUCCAAGCUGCGAAUCAUAACUCAGAGUUUAAGGGCUAAGGGCAGAGGCCCGAAUCCUGAAAUGUUCUGUGAUUGGAUAUCAUAUAUCGAAUCAGAACACAGCGGCUCAGAAUACUUAAUCCAGACUCAAGCUCAGGCAAACACAGACCACUGAAUACAUAACAGGCACCACUUUGGUUUCUCCUGCUUUUUGUGCUCCAACUCUGGCCUGCACACAUCCCUGCUCUCACCCCCAAAUAUAUAGCCACUGUUAGAUCUCAGACCACAACUGAUUUCUCAGGGCUACAUUACACAUGAAAUAAGAGAUCUGCUCUUCCAGAUCUGUUUUUGCUAAAAGCCGCCACAGGGGCCUAAAUUUGGAUGCAGGCCAUGUUUCUGGCAUUUAAAAACAAGCAAACUUCCUCUCAGGGCUGUUUCCAUCACUUAAAUCUCUGCACGCCCCCAAAGGCAGCUAUUAACCACAGAGGGAAGGCAAACAAAUGCUGGUAUAGUGCCUCUGUUUCCCCCUCAGUGGCUAAUCCUCCCAAGGAGGGAAUUUUCAGCACAGAAUCAGCACAAAGAGAAACUGUGAACAUAAGUUAUGAACGCUACCCCAAUCUCUGAGUGGUGCAAGCUUCUAGGAGUUAGAGGGCUCAUGUUUCCUUUUGGAAUGAGGCACAGCGGAGACUGUGGUGUCUUUAUGAUAUAUUGUUUAUUUACACAUAUAUACAACCUGAGCCUACGAUGGAGAGGGUCGCAGCAUUAACAGUCCAAAAUGGUUUUGUUUCUCCCAUAGCUGCAGCCUUGGAUUUGGACAGAAAUCAAUCAUUGCUCGAGCUUUCUCCCUCCCCACCCCCUUUUGCUGCCUUGCUUCUGACUCACAUCACUCCAAGGCUAAACUCUGGCUUCAUCCUUCUGACUAGCCAUGAGCUCAAGCGAAAGCUGGGACCACCCAUUUGCUGCCUCACCCAGAACCCCUUUCCUCUGUAUCCCCUAAUGGCCUAUCACCCAGGCUAUUACCUAAUAUUAUAUACCUUAUAUUUUAACACUUGCUGGGAGCGGGGGUUAGAAGGUUCUCUGCAUACAAACCACUUCCUCCUCCAUCCCUGAAAUCUCAUAACACUAGAAAGCUACCUUAUACAGAGUCAGACUGUUCUUAUGUUCUAUAGAAGGGAAAGUGGGAGAGGAAAACUGAGGUGAUGAGUGAUUAUUAUUAUUUAUUAAAUUUGUCUUUGGAGGGUGGGGAUCUCCAUAACCAUUGGAGUUUACGAAUGUGUGUUUGGAAGGGCAUUUUCUUACUUGGAACCGCUCUUCAACAGUGUGUGGUUGAAAACUAUGUUCUGCCUCCGUGGUCGGAGGCAGCGAUGCUUAGGAAGGCCGGUUGCUGGGAACUGCGAGAGGAGAGGGUGCUCUUCAGCUCGGAUCCUGCUCGUGGGUUUCUCACAGACUUCUUUUUGGCAACUGUGAAAACAGGAAGCUGGGACAGAUAAGCCAUUGGCCUGAUCCAGCAGGUUCUUCUUGUGCUCUUAUGUAGAAAGUUCAGAAACAGAACCUUGACUGAACUCUAAUCUCAAAUCUGCAUCUGGUUUUAAUCUGGUGACCUGACAGUUCUCUGCUCUGGAAUUGCAAAGAAACUAGCCAUGCCAGUCAAAGGGAAAUCAUUUAUCUAUAUUAAAACUUCCAGGUCGAGGUUGCAUGCUGAAGACAUUCUUAUUUAGACAAGCCUACCUAGAUGUUUAGGGACGCAGGUGGCACUGUGGGUUAAACCACAGAGCCUAGGGCUUGCCGAUCAGAAGGUCGGCAGUUCGAAUUCCAGCAAUGGGGUGAGCUCCCGUUGCUUGGUCCCUGCUCCUGCCAACCUAGCAGUUCGAAAGCACGAAGUGCAAGCAGAUAAAUAGGUACCGCUCUGGUGGGAAGGUAAACGGCGUUUCCGUGCGCUGCUCUGGUUCGCCAGAAGCGGCUUAGUCCUGCUGGCCACAUGACCCGGAAGCUUCCUCGGCCAGUAAAGUGAGAUGAGCGCCACAACCCCAGAGUCGUCUGCGACUGGACCUAAUGGUCAGGGGUCCCUUUACCUUUACCUUACCUAGAUGCUUAGAAAGUCUGUAUGAGUUUUAAUUCAUUUUACUCUAUUCUAUUGUGAAGGUAAUAAUCAUAAUCAUAAUCAUAAUAAUCAUUUUAAAACCUUUUGUAUGUUUUACAUUACAGAUGUAAAUUUUUAGUGAUUUUAAAAAAAAAUUGCAAACCACUUUUAGGUUUCCCCCCCACAAUCAAGCAGUAUAUCAAUUUUAUGAAAUGAAUAGUUGAAUAGUAAAUAGAUAAAUUGUCUGAGCAACAUGGAGACCAACUCUUGUUGAUUACAGGUCACCUUCAAUCCCCUGUUGCUUUUGCUUCAACCCAGUUUGAACAGCCCAGGUAGUGGAUCUAAUCCCUGCUAAAUGCAUGGCAAUCCUUCCAUCAUUUUUGCAUUUCCAAACAGGCAGCAAAACAUGGAAGAUUUCUAGGGCCUCUGGCAGGUGACUAUGCAUGGUUUAUACACUGAAUUAGUGCUAAUACUGGUAGUAGUGUUUUAUUAGAUUUCUUAUUGCUGUUCUCCUUUAGGUGUCAUAGGGUUACAUAUUGUGCGGGCCAAAUCUCUGGACGUGACAAUUUCUGCAUUUGAUAACUGCUUUGCAAAGCAGCGCUUUCAGAUUAGGGUUGCGCUAGAAAGAUCAUGUUCCAAUCUCAUCUACCCCAAGAGGGAGAGAGGCCAGGUAUGGGCAAGCACCUUAGGGAUUCUCACACAUCAUUUAGUGAAAUCCGAGUUAUGCUUGACGAUUGAUUUGGCACAAACCUCCAUCAAUGGGAGAUGCAGGUGUUUUGUUACUCUGCCUGCUAAUUAUCUGCUGAAAGAUUUAUCUGGUUGCAGAAGACCCUGGGCAUAGAGUAUUCCAUGACAGCUCAUUAACACACGUUGGCAGAGAAGAAGAUUCUCGCUUACGUUUGCUCCCCGUGGUCAGCCCUUAAACAUCACUAGACUCUGGGAAAACACACACACACACACACACACACACACACACACGAGAAUCUCGCACGGGCCCUUUGCUAACAAGUAUGUCGAUUUUGUUCUCCUUUAGGUUAACAGCAUAGCACAAUUCCAUCUCCCGGCUUAAUCAAAGGCAAAUUUGCAACUUGGCGCUCCUUACAGGGCUAGAUACUUGUUUACCUCUCCAUUCACAAACCUUUCCUGUAUAUUACCUGUCUGACAGCUUUCACUAUGGUCCCUGGGAUAUGACACUGGAGUCCAGCUAGGAGCAACUUGUCAUAUCCUGUCAUAUGUCAGCCCACUGAAGCAAUCUGAUAAUGAAGAGGAAGCAUUUGGCUUCAGGACAGAACAGCUCCAAUGCAGCAAGGGUGCUUUGUCGCUAUAGGCAGCAAAAUAAUGGAGAUUUGGGGUUGCUCCUCCGGAAGAGCUCUGAGCUCCUGUCUUGUCCUUACUAUCAAGGAAAUGAUGGGAUGUUUGCACUUGAUUGUGCUUUGCGCAAUGCACAUGGGUCAUUCUAGCAGACAAGCAUUCCUCAUUCAUACAGUUCAUUUUAGCUUAAUUGGCUAUCAGAGAUUGCAGAAGCAAUCCUGUUUUCUAUCUCAGUCUAUUACAGCUGGCUGAGAUGGACGGGGAAUCCACGCAUAAUACAGGGCAGGCAUUAUGACCAUCUGAGGAGCUGAAUUAAGAGAAUGUUUGCUUUUGUGCCUCACAAAAGCAGCCAUGUGAGAAUUUCGGGGAAGGAGCAAUGGAAGAGAGUCAUGGGUUUUUUAAUUGUAGAGAAGCAUCUCAAGCUGGCAUCCAGGUCGAAGCACGACAUCUGCCAAGUGUGUUUCCCAAGCAUGGGGGGGGGGGGAGUUGGGAGUUGAAAGGAUAGUAAAUGAGUUUAAUAGACUAGAAAGUUCAAGCAUUCUUGGAAAGAAAAAAGGCAGGUAAGGGGAGAUAUGAUAGAAGAGUAUAAAAUAAUAUUAUGAAAUCCUGUAUAGUGGGUAGGGAGAUGUUUUUUCUCCCUAACUCAUAAUACUGAAUGUUGGAAGAUUUUGGGCAGGCAAAAUGAAUGUUGUUGUUUUUAAUAAUAAAAAAGUAAGUAUUUUUCCCCCCACAAAUCACUGGGCAUUGUCCAGCCAAAGCUUAGCACAAAUAAUUCUCCUAGAAUUGCAUGAGAAGUGUUUACCUACCACAGAUGAUAGAAAUAAAUUGUAUCCAAUUUCUUAGACUAACAGCAGAAUCCCAGCUAUUUGUACUCAAAAGUAAGUCCUGUUGAAUUCAAUGGGGCUAAUUUGCAGGUAAAUGGGGCUAGGAUUACAGCCUCAUUUCUGAUUUCUAAAAUAGGCACAUAUAUAGAAAUAUAGAUCGAUACAGAUAUAAAGGUAAAGGUAAAGGGACCCCUGACCAUUAGGUCCAGUUGUGGACGACUCUGGGGUUGUGGCGCUCAUCUCGCUUUACUGGCCGAGGGCGUACAGCUUCCGGGUCAUGUGGCCAGCAUGACUAAGCCGCUUCUGGCGAACCAGAGCAGCGCACGGAAACGCCGUUUACCUUCCGGCCAGAGCGGUACCUACUUGCACUUUGACAUGCUUUUGAACUGCUAGGUUGGCAGGAGCAGGGACCGAACAACGGGAGCUCACCCCAUCGCGGGGAUUCAAACCGCCAACCUUCUGAUCGGCAAGUCCUAGGCUCUGUGGUUUAACCCACAGUGCCACCCGCGUCCCAUACAGAUAUAGAUAAAUAUUAAAAGAACACAAUAAAAUAGCAAUUAGUUUCUCUCUGUGUGUGUGUGUGUGUGUGUGUGUGUGUGUAUUGCCAUAUUUCAAAAAAUUAAAGUCCAUAGACAUCUCAAUUUCUGCCUAGGCACUGUUACCGACUGGCAUAUUCCAGCUAUGUUUGGGAAAUUUUGGACAUAUAGCAACACACGUAUAUUAUUGUUAUUCCAUUUGGAUUGAUGGAUCCAUACUUAUUGGGCAACUCAUAAACCCAUAUAUAAAAAUGUAAUACUCUGCCUUGCACCAGGUUGAAUUAUUUGUCCACAGUGUAGGCUAGUAUUGUCUACUCUGACUGGCAGUCACUCUCCAGUGUUUUUUUGGCUUGAUCUUCUAUCUGUUCCUUAAACUGAAGAUUGCACUCUACCACUGAGCUGCAGUCACUGCCAAAUCCAGUUUAUUGAGCAACUUUCAUUUCUACAAUCUUCAGUUACUAAAUAUUUAAAGAAUACCUUGUAAGAUGAGAAGUGUCUCAUUCCUUCACUGUCUAGAACUUGGAAGUUUUUUCCCCACCCUCUUUUUCCCUUGGAUGCAAUAUGAAAAUUAUUUUGAGCUGGGAUAGUUUGAAUAGAACUAUCGAGCCAGGGGGUGGGUGAGAAGGAUGCGACUGUAAUAUUUCAUUCCACAGUCUGUCUCAAGUAGAACCGCUGGAAAUGUUACCGAGUUUAGUACGCUGCAGCGUAGGGAUCUCUCACGGCUCUUCUUCUGGAUCUCUUCUCUGGUUCCUAAAGAACAGUCUAGCAGGAAUCAGCAAGGAAAGAAUACUUUGAUAAAAUACAUAAAGUGCAUCAUGGAGCAAACAUAUUGAAUGUGAUGCUCAGGGAUAUGACCAUGAAGCCAAAAUAUUUGCAUGAAGGGAAAAGUGCUUCCUCCUCUGCACUGAAUUUUCCAUAUGCUGUAAGCUAAAUAAGUAUAUGUCUUAGAAAAUGCAUUUUUUUACCACUAAGGUUUACAUAAUUAGAAAUGAUGCUGUCUCAGAUCAGCAUCCAAGGUGUUAGUUAUAUGGACACAGCAGCAGAUGGCUGGGUAUUCCCCAGCCUGAAAAGUAUCCCCCAAAAGCUAUGAAACUGCCUUAGGUGGUCGCCUCACCUUGCCUCAUGUGUGGGCCGGCUCUGCUGGGGAGCCACUGACAGUCAGUGUAAGCAAUGCUGGUCUGGUGGAUCAGACCAAAGGUUCAUCUAGUCCAGCUUCCUGUUACCUCAGUACCCAUCCAGAUGCCCAUGGGAAGCCCACAAGGAGAACCUGAAGACACCAGUACCCUCCUCAGAUGCAAGGCCUAGCAACUGGCAUUCAGAGGCAUACUGCCUGUGACACUGGAGGAAGAAAACAGCCAUUGCCGUUAGUCUUACCCACCAUGAAUUUGCCUAACCCUCUUUCAAAGCCAUCCAAGUUAGUGACCGUCACUAUCUCCUAUGGUAGUGAAUUCCAUGGUUUAAUAAUAAUAAUAAUAAUAAUAAUAAUAAUAAUAAUAAUUUAUUAUUUAUAACCCCCCCCCCACUCGGGGCGGCUUCCAACAAAAUAUUAAAGUACCGUAAUGCAUCAGACAUUAAAAGCUUCCCUAAACAGAUGUCUUCUAAAAGUCUGGUAGUUGUUUAUUUCCUUGACAUCUGAUGGGAGGGCGUUCCACAGGGCGGGCACCACUACCGAGAAGGCCCUGUGCCUGGUUCCCUGUAACUUGGCUUCUUGCAGUGAGGAGACUACCAGAAAGCCUUCGGCACUGGACCUCAGUGUCCGGGUAGAACGAUGGGGGUGGAGAUGCUCCUUCAGAUAUACUGGACCGAUUCUGUUUAGGGCAUGUGUGGCAUGAAGAAGUCCUUCUUUUUUCUGUUCAGCUUUAAUGGAUGACCUCAAAUUCUAGUGUUACGAGUGAAGGGAUAAGACUAGUCUGUCCACUUUCUCCAUUCCAUGCAUAUAUUAUUAUUAUUAUUACACUGCUAGCAUGGCUCCUCUUACUCACUUUUUAUCUGAACUCAAAAGUCCAGAGUGUUGUCUCCCAGGCAGAGGCGACAUCUUCUCAAGAUGAUUGAGGGGGCCCGAUGCGACGUCCUGACGUCAUACACACAAUGUUCUGAAGAGCCAGGGGCUGGAGCUGAAUGCCCUCUGAACAUUGACGGGGCCCAGCUGCCACAAAUACAAACAUGCAUACAUAUAUACAUACCGGUGUGUGUGGGUGUGUUUGAAAAUGGCUUGGCCCCUAGGAGUUGGCGCAUAUGUUCCCAGGUUCUACUCCAAGGUUUUCACCAGUCUACCACAUCAAUUUGUUUUUGUGAAGCCAUAUAGCUUCCUCUUGCCACUUACUGCUAUUUUUUCUGACUUAAACAGAUCUGGCGAGAUUUUUAUUUUUAGAAAGAGUGAUAAAAUGGCCCAAUGCAAAUUUUUACCAGGAUGGCAUGUCACGUACAGAAUGAAAUACAUAAAUUAACAAGAUGUCGCCUUCGAUGCUCAGUGUCCCUUUUCACACAGAGUUAUAUUUGAAGCAACGAGAGCUACCCUGAAUAAAGUAAAAUGAAAAAGAUCGGGUUUUGCUUUGCUUUGUUUUUUGUUUCAAUUUACUUUUACAAAUAAAACACUAAGGGGCAUUUGAAUAGGGCACACACAGAAAGUUCUGGACAGGACUUUCGAUAUCCCAGAAAUUGACUACACAGUUUAAGUGUAUGUUCAUUAGAUUUUCUGCACACAGGAGGCAGUGAUGGCCAUAAGCUUGGAUACUUUUAAAAGGUAAAGGUAAAGAGACCCCUGACCAUUAGGUCCAGUCGUGGCGCUCAUCUCGCUUUAUUGGCCAAGGAAGCCGGCGUACAGCUUCCGGGUCAUGUGGCCAGCAUGACUAAGCCGCUUCUGGCGAACCAGAGCAGUGCACGGAAACGCUGUUUACCUUCCUGCUGGAGCGGUACCUAUUUAUCUACUUGCACUUUGACAUGCUUUCAAACUGCUAGGUUGGCAGGAGCAGGGACCGAGGAACAGGAGCUCACCCAUCAUGGGAUUCGAACCACCGACCUUCUGAUUAGCAAGUGGUUUAACCCACAGCGCCACCCGCGUCCCACCUUUAAAAGAGGAUUAGCCAAAUUCUUGGAGUAGAAGGCUAUCAAUAUCUGCUAACCAUAAUGGCUACAUUCUAUCUCUGAAAUAGAUGUUCUGUCUCCAUAGUAGAUGUUCCACCUCCACUGUUGAGGACAGUAGGCUUCUGAACACCAGUUGUGGUGUUUUCUUUUUGAAAUAUGUAGAAACCUCAACAAUAUUUAUGUUGCAUUCAUGUUUCAUGUCUGCACCGAUGCUGCAUAAUGUUUUUCUACUACUAUCUCUCUUCCUUAUUUAUUUUUCUUUCUUAUUUUCCUUCUGUGCAUUCCGCUCCCUUUACUUUAAAACUGCAAUAAAAAUUAUAUGAAAAAGAAAGAAGACGUAAUCCUUCUGAAUUUAAUGGUGCUUAACCUCUUGGAAAACCUCGCAGGAUUCCAGGCCAGAUAAAAGUUUAAGUAGAUAUUUUAUUGUAAGGCAACAUGGAUGUUAAUGGUCAGCAUGACCCACUGGAGUCAAUGGGAGUCGACUUGUGGGGGGUGAAUAUAGAGACUUGGGAUGGAAAAGAAACUUGUGACUUAUAGUGUGAAAAUUUUAAUUAGUAACUAUGAUCCUCAGAAAUAAAGGGCACAAGCAUGUACAGAGUGCACCUCCCUUGUGAAUGAGCAAUCUCUGUAUUUAAUAAGGUGGGUUUUUUUCUUUUCAUUUUUUGAUUUCUGGUACCAGUGAUUGAGGAUUAAUGCUUAUUAUAUAUUGAUAUUCCUUGACUUUAUUUCAUUUACAUGCCUUAGAAUUUGGGUUGGGGCCGAUGACAGCUUCACAAGCUCACAAGAGGGCGUUGAACUCAGAUGUUGGAGAAGCCCUGACUUAGAACAUAUACCAAGAGAAACGGUUGUCUGCUCUUUAAAAAUAAAAUGUUGCUUUCACAUUACUGAGAAGUCCUAGGUGAUGUUUGGGAUUUUAAUUCUAAUUGUAACUAUUUCCUUCCACAAUGAAACUCAUUGCUAUCUAGCUGUUUAGCAACCUUGCCACGAUAGCUCUGACAAUAAGCCUUCUGCAACUGGAAACCAACAAUGACAUUCAUUUUAUUUUUAAAGACCAUUCUUUAUUUCCCAGGUGUGAUGGGGGAAUAUGAGCCGAAAAUUGAAGUCCAUUUUCCAUACACAGUUACAGCUGCUAAGGGAUCUACUGUUAAGAUGGAGUGCUUUGCACUUGGCAAGUAAGUACAUAUUCUUCCAUAAUUAGACACAACCAGUUAUUAAAAUAUGACAUAUUUCAUAUGGGGGCCUGUUAUUUAGCACUGUGAAUCUUGCAACAAAAACAGUCCCCUUCCUCGAUCCUUAUGCUAAAUUUAUAUCAGCCAACUAUUGUGGGAAUUGACUCUCAGGAGGCAAUUAUGAAUUCUAUACUUUGUCAAGAAAGUUUGCAAGUUACAUGGCUCAGUAUUUUAAGCUGCUUUGUUGAGGCAGUAACUCUAGAGUCUGAGGUUGGUAUGACUUGAGAGAAUACUGGUCCCCUCAACCUGGCUGCUAGGCCAGCCCUCCCAUUAGGCAAAGUGAAACAACUGCUUCAGGCGGCAUAUGAUGGGUGUGUGGCAUAAAGGUGUUGGAAGUUAGAGUUGGGUGUGCCACACAGCAACCCCUGUGUUCCCAGAGCUAGCCUGUCUCCCUCAGGUGUGCUGGAAGAUGGCAUCGCUGAAGCAAGAGUCAACUGCGAGUCCACUGUCUUCUGGUAGCACCAGAGCAGAAGGAUGCCAUAUCUUCAUCACCAGAAGCAAAAUGUUUUUGCAUCAGCCUAGUUGCAUCAAUGCAGUAGCAGCCAGUGCCCUUGUUGCAGCAUAGGUAUCCAGUGCAAGUUGCGAAAGAUCAUAGCUUAGUUGUAGAACACCUGGAGAAGGCCUAUAUGGGUUGAGAAGGUCCAGGCUCAACCCACUGAGGGCAUCACCAGAUACGGCUGAGGAUGUCUCACUGGAGAACCACUGUUGGUCAGUGUAGAUAUUAUUGAGCUAGAUGAACUAAUGAUCUGACUUCAUUAUAAGGCUGAUUCCUGCGUCUCCCACAAGGAAUAGGAGCAAGUCUGCCCCAUACAGCCAUUUUGCAUAUCAUCAUGCAGGAUCACCCAUUUGUAUGCCAGCCUUCCAUGUGGGAAGAAGGGAACAAAGGGCACUUCCGAUGCCUUAUUGAGUCCAACGCAUUUUGAAUAUGAGUUCCUUACUCAGGUGCACUCUCGGAUACAACCAACUUGA